AUGCUUCGGUUUCGUAGUCCAAGCAUCCGCUCUCUGGAUCAAGAGAUUCAGGUCACGAUUCGGUUACUGGAUGACUCGGAGAUCUCGUGCAGCAUCCAGGUAAAGGGCGACCAUGCUCGCGCAGCCCGCAUGCAAUGAUCUUUAUUGUGAUUGUUACGACCGGUGACAUAAUUGCGUCGGAUGCUGACUGCCAUGAGCCCAUUCUCGGGGUAGGAUCAUAGGCUAUUCUUAUUAAUUCACUGGCUACAUUAGAACAUCUGUUUGUUUGUGGUUUCAAGUCGCAUAUUUUUAGUAUAGGUGACAAAACACUGGUUAGCCGUUAUUUUUCCUCACAGGGAUUAAUCUCCCCCCUCCAACAUUAGUAGUCUAGUCUUAUUUCGCUUAUACCUACUGUAGCAACACACUAACGUACACUAACAUGACACUCUUUACACUAAAAUUGAUCAGAAAAUUGGUGACAUAUCUACAUACAAAAUAUAUAUCGGCGUAGACCUAUUAUUAUUACUAUUGUUGCGUGACAAUAAUAACAACCACCACCAAGUAGUGAAUUUCUCAUAUUGAUUGCAUAAUCAACGCUGUGAAUUUAUCCAUUAAAAAGCGUCAAAGACAGUGAAUACUGUUUCCCAUAGGGGGUGGGGUUAAAAGGAGGGGCCAGGUUUAUAGUUAUCUGGCAUUAAACUGUUGAUGUUUGACCAGACUCACAACCAUAACGCUGACCAUGUCAAACUAAAGAGUCUCUGUGUUCAUGUACAUCUACCCAAUCAAUGAUUUACAACCACUCUUAAGUGCUGUGAGAGUGUCUGUGUGUGUGUGUGAAAGAGAUAAAUAUUGUGAGAGAGAAAGUGUGUGUGUGUGUGUGUGUUAGAGAGAGAGAGAGAGAGAGAGAGAGAGAGAGAGGGGGGGGGGGGUGUGUGUGUGUGUGUGUGUGCGUGCGUGCGUGUGUGUGUGUGUACGUGUGUGUGCGUGUGUGUGCGUGCGUGCCCGUGUCAGUGAGUGCACGGUCAGGAGGAAAUGUCUGUGUUGUAGCUGAAUGCAUUUUUCAGUCGUUGUGUCUUAAUGGGUUUCUGUUCCAGGGUGAAUUCUUCUGCAUAUUUCAUGAACUUCCGCCGAGUUCGUUCUGCUUUGAACAACAUUCUUUUUAAUGUUAGAAGGCUUCUUCUCUGUUCUUUCUUCAUAUGUAGGUCAUCAGAAGCCACAGCCAUAAGACACAGACUGAAAUGUCAUGGUGUGAGUGGUGGUUGGGUUUCUGGAGCAUUGCUGUGGAGUUGUGUGCCUCGGACAGAUGUCACAUUUGGAGUGACGUUCAAAACCGUACUAGAGCUGCAUUCCCAACAGUACUUAUUGUUGGAAGUUACAAUGUGAGAGAGAGAAAUGUAAUGCAUUGCUUAAUUUGAGCCAAUAGCUUACUAAUACAGUUUAAGCAUAAUUCUUAUUGGUUGCCGUGUAGUCCCACCCUUGACUGACAGCUCUCACAAGACGCUAAAUUGAGAAAUUGUUUAUGCUGAGUGUGUUUUCCAGUGCUGGUGUGGGUUAGAUUGGCUGUGUUGAGUGUGUUUUCCAGUGCUGGUGUAGGUUAGAUUGGCUGUGUUGAGUGUGUUUUCCAGUGCUGGUGUAGGUUAGAUUGGCUGUGUUGAGUGUGUAUUCCAGUGCUGGUGUAGGUUAGAUUGGCUGUGUUGAGUGUGUUUUCCAGUGCUGGUGUGGGUUAGAUUGGCUGUGUUGAGUGUGUGAUGUUCAGCCUGGGGGUAAAUGUGUCUACUGUAGCUCACUGCUCUCGUGUUCAGUCAAAAUGUAAGGGAGACAAGCCCAAACAAUCAAUAUCCUCUGACCUCCACCCUCCCUCCCCCACAAUCCACCUCUCCUUCACCUUCUCCUCUUUCACCCUCUGUCUACUGUCAAGUGGCAGUUCCAUCCUAGCCCUUUGAAGAGAUGUCCAAAAGUCCACAGUCAUCAUGCGUAUGAAAGUAGUUUUUUGUUCCACUGUUAUGGCUGGGGAUUUUUUGGCAUGCACCAAAAACUAAGCAGUUUUUAUGAAAAGUGAAUGUUUAGUCAAAGAUACAUGGAAUUGCGGGAGCCCUUCAAAAUGGAAAUGGCCGGAAUUUGGAAUAGAACAGAGAGAGCUCGAACAGAGCGAGCCGAGAGAGAGGGGAGAGAGAGAGGGGAGAGAGAGAGAGAGAGGAGUAGAUUCUAGAGAGAGAGCAGGGCGAGCGAUGAGACAUCUCUCAUCUAUCUCUCUCUCUCUCUCUCUCUCUCUCUCUCUCUCUCUCUCUCUCUCUCUCUCUUCUCAGACAGCCCAUGUAUAAUUAAGGAUGAUCAUUGUCCUUCAUGAGGCCAACAUUAGUCAGGUGUCACCAUUAGUCAGGUGUCACUGAUGCCAGGCACUGUGUGUGUGUCUUCAUAGUAUUGUGAUAUCCGAGAGCCUUUUAUAGCCUCCUCCGGAUGAGUGUAUUUCCGUCUAUUUCCGUCACCUUAUCGAUACAUUACUGAUUCAAUUCUAUUUAAGAAUCUGAAUACAGAUAGGAGCAAUCAUCAUAUUUCAAAGGUCUGUGAGGAAAGGAGAGUGAAAGAGGGAGGGAGGUGUGUGUGUGUGUUUGUGUUUGAGGCAGCACUGGUGUUUCAGUUAGUAGGCAUUCUUUAGCGUGUUUAAAAAUAGCAGGGUUUUCUAUUCUUGUCGUCCACGGCGCACCUUUCAUGUCUUUCCGAAGAUGACUAAAGAAAAAGAGAUCAAUCCUCCAGACUUCACCAAGUAAUGGUGAGAAUGGAGAGAAAUAGACGUCAUAGAGGAAGAGGAGGAGGGAACUGAGAGAGGAGAGAAAGAGAGAAAGAGAGAAAGAGGGGAGGAUGAAGAGAGGAGGAGAGUAAUGGGGAGGCGACUCAGAGAAGUAUCCAGGUGGUUGGAUAAUGAAUGAAGGCUCAGAGAAGUAUCCAGGUGGUUGGAUGAUGAAUGAAGACUCAGAGAAGUAUCCAGGUGGUUGGAUAAUGAAUUAAGACUCAGAGAAGUAUCCAGGUGGUUGGAUAAUGAAUGAAGACUCAGAGAGAUAUCCAGGUGGUUGGAUUAUGAAUGAAGACUCAGAAAGGUAGCCGGGUGGUUGGAUUAUGAAUGAAGACUCAGAGAAGUAUCCAGGUGGUUGGAUUAUGAAUGAAGUCUCAGAGGGGUAGCCAGGUGGUUGGAUUAUGAAUGAAGACUCAGAGGGGUAUCCAGGUGGUUGGGGGGGCAAUGUUGGUUGGAUUUGUCAACGAAGCAGCAUGACAGAAAUAUGAUGCCAAGUUUUCAAACUACCGGUAGUUUCUCUGAGAAUAUAUAUAAAGCGAUCUGUGCAUUUGAACAACAGCAUAAAUACACCUAAACUCAGCAAAUAACAGGAUGGUCAGCUGAUUGUCCUCGCAGUGCCAGACCACGUGUAACAACACCUGCACAGGAUCGGUACAUCCGAACAUCACACCUGCGGGACAGGUACAGGAUGGCAACAACAACUGCCCGAGUUACACCAGGAACGUACAAUCCCUCCAUCAGUGCUCAAACUGUCCGCAAUAGGCUGAGAUAGGCUGGACUGAGGGCUUGUAGACCUGUUGUAAGGCAGGUCCUCACCAGACAUCACCGGCAACAACGUCGCCUAUGGGCACAAACCCACCGUCACUGGACCAGACAGGACUGGCAAAAAGUGCUCUUCACUGACGAGUCGCGGUUUUGUGUCACCAGGGGUGAUGGUCGGAUUCGCGUUUAUCGUCGAAGGAAUGAGCGUUACAACGUGGCCUGUACUCUGGAGCGGGAUCGAUUUGGAGGUGGAAGGUCCGUCAUGGGGCAGUGUGUCACAGCAUCAUCGGACUGAGCUUGUUGUCAUUGCAGGCAAUCUCAACACUGUGCGUUACAGGGAAGACAUCCUCCUCCCUCAUGUGGUACCCUUCCUGCAGGCUCAUCCUGACAUGACCCUCCAGCAUGACAAUGCCACCAGCCAUACUGCUCAUUCUGUGCGUGAUUUUCUGCAAGACAGGAAUGUCAGUGUUCUGCCAUGGCCAGCGAAGAGCCCGAAUCUCAAUCCUAUUGAGCACGUCUGGGACCUGUUGGAUCGGAGGGUUAGGACUAGGGCCAUUCCCCCCAGAAAUGUCCGAGAACUUGCAGGUGCCUUGGUGGAAGAGUGGGGUAACAUCUCACAGCAAGAACUGGCAAAUCUGUCCAUGAGGAGGAGAUGCACUGCAGUACUUAAUGCAGCUGGAGGCCACACCAGAUACUGACUGUUACUUUUGAUUUUGACCCCCCCUUUGUUCAGGGACACACUAUUUAAUUUCUGUUAGUCACAUGUCUGUGGAACUUGUUCAGUUUAUGUCUCAGUUGUUGAAUGUUUUUAUGUUCAUACAAAUAUUUACCCAUGUUAAGUUUGCUGAAAAUAAACGCAGUUUACAGUGAGAGGAUGUUUCUUUUUUUGCUGAGUUUAUUUCACUUUUGCAUGUCAAAAACUGAAUGACCACUGCUGCACAUGCUGCCACUGUUUUGAACAGAUUAGGACAAGCAGCCAGCUCACAAACAAACAAGUGCACCAGGGUGAACGCAACAAGCAUGCAAAUGCAAUAAGUGAAAAUAUUGGAUCUAACUAGGGAUAGCUAACAUAAUGUCACAAAGUAUGAUGCGCUAACCAGUUAACGUUCAUUCUGAAAUAACUGUAUUUUCGAGUUAGUCAGAUAUUAGUUUAGAUAGACUUGAAAUUGGCGUGGGAGCUAGCUGCUUAUCAAAGGGUUAAUUUGACAAGAAAAUCGACCAAACUAUUUCUCAAAAUAACUGUAGCUGGCUAUCUAAUUUUAUCAUGCUUUGUGAUACACCAGGUUUUAUGCUGUUUGAGUCAACACAACAUUACGUCAUUUAGCAGACGCUCUUAUCCAAAGCGACUUAAAGUUAGUGAGUGCAUACAUUUUCAUACUGGCCCCCCGUGGGAAUCGAACCCACAACCCUGGCGUUGCAAGCGCCAUGCUCUACCAACUGAGCUACAUGGGACUAUACAACAUGUCGUCCUGUCACCUACAGUAGAACAUGAUGAACACCGGGGGAAAAUAAAACAAUUGGUCAGCCACAGCCAUGCUUCUUUGUCGUAUCAGAUCAGCGAUGAGAAGGUUCUAGCUAGUGUAUCCCUCUGACCUUCGAAUCUUGUUCCGGUUCAUCAGGUCCCAGGCUCCCUUGGCGGUUAUCACAAUUUGGUUUUUGCUUAAGUGCAAUCUGUACCUGAUAGAGCAGAUCUAGUCUUACGUGCAGAAGUACUGUAAGCCGUCUGGCGCAAGAGACUCAUUGGGAUGGAGUCUAGAGCAGACCCAGAAGUUCUGACUGAGUCCACAUUUGAGCAUCCCAGGACGGUCCAUUUACUUUGUGCUGUUAUAAUUUAUAUGCUAUGGAAUCCUGCGAUUUCAUUGGAGCAGUUCCCCCUCAUAGCAAAUAGCUGGCAAAAUAAUCCAACUACUAUUCGAACGGCCUAUGUGCAGCGCUGAUGCUGCUGCUAGCAGAGUCACUGAGAGGCAGAAUAGUAAUUAACUGAACAGCUUGUUUUGAACAAUAUGUUUUUGAAACAGGAAAAUGUACACACUUCCCACACUUUUAUGAGCAUUUAAAACAUAUAUCUAUGAAUUAUAUAAUAUAUAUAAAAAAAUCACAAGUGGGGCGUUGCCCUAACGCCCUAAUGGGCAGGCUGCCGCUGACACACAUACACACACAUGUUCUGAGAUGUUCUCUGGAACACUUAUGGGGCUUUCAGCCCAAUUAGCCUCUGUCUCAUUCGUAAUGGACACCCAUUCACCGACAAGGCAUCGGUGGCAGGAAACGUGUGUGCGUGUGUGUGUGUGUGUGUGUGUGUGUGAGUGUGUGUGUGUGUGAAAAACCCCACCUUAGUCUUAAAGCUGUAUUGUUACUAAAUUCUGAAUAAUUCUCUGAUUCCAUGUUUUUGUUUUUGGCUCAAUAUAACCACCACAGCAAUGUUAUGAAAUACAUGAUAUAAUGCAUUAUAUUGUAUAUAAACACAAAUAAUCAAACUGAAGGUCAACAGAUGUAACUUCAAAUCAAUUUGUUAAACCUGGGUCGGACCUUGUAUGUGACCACUGAGCCUCUAUCCUUCCCAUUGGACCACAAGGCUGUAUAUACAGUAUUAUAAACUGGGUUGUUCGAGCCCUGAAUGCUGAUUGGCUGAGGACAUGGGGGGGGGCUCAAUAUUAGGAAGCUGUUCCUAAUGGUUGGUAUACUCAAUGUAUAUACACACAUGUUUGGAGUCUGAAGUGCUAGAUGUUAGAUAAAUGAUUAAAGAGAUGGCAACCAACACACACACACACACACACACACACACACACACACACACACACACACACACAGGAUCCGAGUGGCUACAGAACUGUCUGGGACCGUGGCAGGUGGGAGGAGAGGAAGCGAGUGUGUGAGCGUGUAUGUGUAGCUGGGUGUGCGUGUGUUAUGGACGUCACGCUGAUUGCUUAGCGAGUACCACUUCAACUCAAUUCGGCUCGUACCUGGCUGCAAACUCGGGACCUCUGCUUUGCUAACACACGUGACCGCCCUCCUUGAUAACUUUCCAACUGGUUGAGAAUAGGGUAAAUCAUUGGCUCUUUCUUUCCUGACCGUUUACACAAGCCAUUUCCACCCGAAUCAGAUCAUUGACCAGUCCUCUCGCUACAUCAAGGGCAACAGUAGCGGUGCAUGUAUAAAAUCACUAUGUGUUGUGAUAAUUGUGUUGUUUGCUCUAUAACCUGUUAGUUCAUAUGCCUUGCCACCGUGAUAUAUAGGCCUAAAGGCCGAGACAAUAAGAAAACACAGUGGCAGAAUAAAUUCAACCACACCUUUGUUUCGUCACAAAGCCGGAGAGCAACAUCUGUCCGGUGGAGUCCACAAAGCAUAUUGCAUGUAACAAACAGUUACAUGACCUACAGCAUGGUCAAUCAAGGUAAUGUUUCCGAAAUUUUCAGAACUAUUGAUUUAGAACCACAGUGUGUAUGCGUGCGUGCAAGUAGAAAAAACAUGUUGACUCACCCUACUUGUAGAGAAGCGCCAAUGCCAUCCUCCUUUCAUGUUGCCUUAACAGUCCAUGACUCUGUCAUACAGUACACGCUUUUAGUUUUUGCUGUCCUAGGCUACCUGGCUAAAAUACCUGCUCGCUAGCCUAACUUCCUUUCAUGGGCAACGAUACGCCAGGCCAGCUAGUUAACAUUAGCAUACUACAUCUAACUACAUGUUGAAAGUCCAUCCUUUCAGACCAGGGGCACAAUGUAUGAAUUUAUGGUUGGAUCAGAAUCGCCGUUAUAAUCAUUGGCCAGUACGGAGAAUUAAGUAAAACCACAAUUCCAAAUCCGUAUCUCCAUCCAUGGCUAAUUUAGGACAGGGCCUAUUUUAGCUAGCUAGUUAGCCACCGGAGGACAACAAGACAAUGAGAUGCAACAAUUCUGUGAGGACAGACGCUGGCGCAGUGGUCUAAGGCACUGCAUCGCAGUGCUAGCUGUGCCACUAGAGAUCCUGGUUCGAAUCCAGGCUCUGUCGUAGCCGGCUGCGACCGGGAGACCCAUGGGGCGGCGCACAAUUGGCCCAGCGUUGUCCAGGGUAGGGGAGGGAAUGGCCGGCAGGGGAUGUUGGUAGAGCAUGGCGUUUGCAACGCCAGGGUUGUGGGUUCGAUUCCCACGGGGGGGGGCCAGUAUGAAAAAAUUAAAAAUAUAUAAUGUAUGCACUCACUAACUGUAAGUCGCUCUGGAUAAGAGCGUCUGCUAAAUGACUAAAAUGUAAAAUGUAAGCAAGUACAGGGAGUGAACAUUUAUUACGAGCCGUCUGAGACGUGGAAGCUUGACGAGCCGGCUGAGGCGUGGAAAUCUGCUGAGGCGGAAGAGCCUGACGAGCAGGAUGAAGCGUGGGAGUCUGACGAGCCGGCUGAGGCUUGGGGUGGGAGCCUGCCGAGCCAACCGAGGCAAGAAACCUCUCGAGCCAGCGGAGGCGUGGAAGCCUGACGAGCCAGCUGAGAUGUGGAAGCCUGACGAGCCGGCUGAGGCGUGGAAAUCUGACAAGCAGUCUGAGGCGUGGGAGUCUGACGAGCCGGCUUGGGGUGGGAGCCUGCCGAGCCAACCGAGGCAAGAAACCUCUCGAGCCAGCGAAGACAUGGAAGCAUGACGAGCCAGCUGAGGCAUCCCCGUUCCCUCGGCCGCGGCACCCGGACCCGACGUCACCAACCAACACAAAAAAAACUCCCUGAUGCUUCUGAUAAUGGUGUCUGCAUUCUGUGAGGACAGACGCUGGGAGACGAGAAGCAAGUACAGGGAGUGAACAUUUAAUAUAUGCAGACAUGAAACAAAACACGGACAGCGUCUGAACAGGGGAAACAUAACGACAUUAAUGCAGACAAGGGGAUCAAACUGAGGAACAGACAGAUAUAGGGGAGGGAAUUAGACAGUGAUGAAGUCCAGGUGUGUGUAACGAUGGUGACAGGUGUGUGUAACGAUGGUGACAGGUGUGUGUAAUGAUGGUGACAGGUGUGUGUAAUGAUGGGCAGCCUGGCGCCCUCGAGUGCCAGGGAGGGGGAGUGGGAGCAGGCGUGACAAAUUAAUUUCUGUCAAUAAUGAUGUUUGGCUUGUGAUGUGAUUGGUCUGAAGCCAAAUCCAAACUGGCUUCCCUUGACACUUUUUUUUGGUGCACCAGGACCAUUCACAGCUGAGCUCACUCAGUCUAGCUCAACGCUGUUUGGCUUUAUUUUAUUUUUUAUCAAGGGAGGCAAAAUGCUCACUGGCUUCCCUUGCAUUCAAUGCUACGGGCGGCAACAAUGUCAUACUCUUUCUGACCAGACAGCAUCAGAUAGAUGAGCUACACAUACUGAGACAGAGGGGUGCUGUUUCGUUUGCUCGGAUGCUAUCUCCGGUGAGUUUCUCCGUUCAGCCUCUUGCGAAUUGAAGAAAAGUUAUGAAACGCCACUGAAGGUCAGUUAUGGAUCUAUCUAUUCAGUGGCCUUCAGUGGCGUGUAUUCAUGGAUGCCAAGGGAUGCCAUGGGUGUAGGGUUAGGUUGGUAAACAAAAAAAAGCACACACACACAUACACACACUGUCCCUCAUGAUUAUACCCUUCAGCUCAGUCACCAUGUCCGUUUUCAGGAUACGUUCUUUACCGCUCAUCCUAAAAUCCACACUCUCUUUCUCUCUCGCCCCCUAUCUCUCUCUCCUCCCCUCUCCUCCCCCUCUGCUGUGUGUGCAGAUAGGAUUGUCUCAUGUGUCUGUAUCUGAGGCAUUAACAGGUUUCUUGUCUCAGUGCUUUUAUGCAGCCAAUUAGGGAUGGCUUGUAGUGAAAUAAAAUUUGGUUAGCUGAGAUAAGGACCAGUUAUAAUUGAGCUGGCAUGCAUAUUAAUUACCAACCAGCCCCUCUAACUGGGGCACAGACGUCCUCCAGUGAUUUUGGAACUUUUUCUGUUGUAAAGCGAAAUCCCAAGUAUAAAUACAGUGAAGUACACACACUAAAGGUUAAACAUUUUUUUGGGAGGGAGGAGCUAAAUAGUGUUUUUUUAGAAACAACUGCAAACUUCAAGGAGUAGGUCUUAUGGUGACUUUGUGAUGUCAUCGGCCUCCCUCCUUGCUUGAGGAGCAAAAUAUAACAAAAGAGGAAAGAGAUGUUUAAACAUAGUCUUUGAUCCCCUGCUGAUUUUGUACGUUUGCCCACCGACAAAGAAAUGAUCAGUCUAUAAUUUAAAUGGUAGGUUUAUUUGAACAGUGAGAGACAGAAUAACAACAAAAAAAUCCAGAAAAACGCAUGUCAAAAAUGUUAUAAAUUGAUUUGCAUUUUAAUGAGGGAAAUAAGUAUUUGACCCCCUCUCAAUCAGAAAGAUUUCUGGCUCCCAGGUGUCUUUUAUACAGGUAACGAGCUGAGAUUAGGAGCACACUCUUAAAGGGAGUGCUCCUAAUCUCAGUUUCUUACCUGUAUAAAAGACACCUGUCCACAGAAGCAAUCAAUCAAUCAGAUUCCAAACUCUCCACCAUGGCCAAGACCAAAGAGCUCUCCAAGGAUGUCAGGGACAAGAUUGUAGACCUACACAAGGCUGGAAUGGGCUACAAGACCAUCGCCAAGCAGCUUGGUGAGAAGGUGACAACAGUUGGUGCGAUUAUUGGCAAAUGGAAGAAACACAAAAGAACUGUCAAUCUCCCUCGGCCUGGGGCUCCAUGCAAAAUCUCACCUCGUGGAGUUGCAAUGAUCAUUAGAACGGUGAGGAAUCAGCCCAGAACUACACGGAAGGAUCUUGUCAAUGAUCUCAAGGCAGCUGGGACCAUAGUCACCAAGAAAAAAAUUGGUAACACACUACGCCGUGAAGGACUGAAAAUCCUGCAGCGCCCGCAAGGUCCCCCUGCUCAAGAAAGCACAUAUACAUGCCCGUCUGAAGUUUGCCAAUGAACAUCUGAAUGAUUCAGAGGAGAACUGGGUGAAAGUGUUGUGGUCAGAUGAGACCAAAAUGGAGCUCUUUGGCAUCAACUCAACUCACCGUGUUUGGAGGAGGAGGAAUGCUGCCUAUGACCCCAAGAACACCAUCCCCACCGUCAAACAUGGAGGUGGAAACAUUAUGCUUUGGGGGUGUUUUUCUGCUAAGGGGACAGGACAACUUCACUGCAUCAAAGGGACGAUGGAUGGGGCCAUGUACCGUCAAAUCUUGGGUGAGAACCUCCUUCCCUCAGCCAGGGCAUUGAAAAUGGGUCGUGGAUGGGUAUUCCAGCAUGACAAUGACCCAAAACACAUGGCCAAGGCAACAAAGGAGUGGCUCAAGAAGAAGCACAUUAAGCUAGUCUCCAGACCUUAAUCCCAUAGAAAAUCUGUGGAGGGAGCUGAAGGUUCGAGUUGCCAAACGUCAGCCUCGAAACCUUAAUGACUUAAAGAUCUGCAAAGAGGAGUGGGACAAAAUCCCUCCUGAGAUGUGUGCAAACCUGGUGGCCAACUACAAGAAACGUCUGACCUCUGUGAUUGCCAACAAGGGUUUUGCCACCAAGUACUAAGUCAUGUUUUGCAGAGGGGUCAAAUACUUAUUUCCCUCAUUAAAAUGCAAAUCAAUUUAUAACAUUUUUGACAUGCGUUCUUCUGGAUUUUUUUGUUGUUAUUAUGUCUUUCACUGUUCAAAUAAACCUACCAUUAAAAUUAUAGACUGAUCAUGUCUUUGUCAGUGGGCAAACAUACAAAAUCAGCAGGGGAUAAAAUACUUUUUUCCCUCACUCAAAGACCUACUGUAACACACCGAUACACACAUACUCAAAGACCUACUGUAACACACCGAUACACACAUACAUACUCAAAGACCUACUGAAACGAACACACAUAAAUACUCAAGACUACUGUAAACACACCGAUACACACAUAAAUUACUCAAAGACCGACUGUAAAACACACGAUAAACAAAUUACCUACUCAAAGACCCCUACUGUAACACACCGUAAAACAUAACAUACUCAAAAACCUACUGGAACACAACGAUACAUACCAUUGUACUCAAAGACCUACUGUAACACAGGGAUAUACAGUCUGCAGUGCACUUUGCUCAGACUCUGUCUCGCUGCGUAAGGCUGUGUCUAAAGUGGGGAGAGCACUUUAGCUUCAUUAAGACAGAUCAUGUAGAGACAGGCUGACCAGGUUAAUAUUUAAUCUUGAGCCCUUUGAAAUAUGCAUCCACCUCUUGUUGGACAUGAAAUGGACUCUCUGCUCUCGUCUCUCUCUCUCUCUCUCUCUCUAUCUCUAGCUCUAUAUAUGAUAGUCCUCUCUUCUGGAAGCUCGAUAAUAUAUCUAUAGUAUAGGUCUAUCAUGAAGCGAGAGAGAGAGAGAGAGAGAGAGAGAGAGAGAGAGACCGGGAAGAGAGGGAGAGAGAAGAAAGAGAGAGAGAAGAGAGAGAGGAGAAGAGAGAGAGAGAGAGUGAGAGAGAGGGAGAGAGAGAGAGAGAGAGAGAGAGAGAGAGAGACGGAGAGAGAGAAGAGAGCGAGAAGAGAGAGAGAGAUAGAGAGAGAGAUGUCUCUCCUCUGUCUCUCUCUGUCUGUCGCCUUCUCUCUCCCCCCCACCCCCCCCCCCCGUCCCCCCCCCGUCUCUUCUCUCUGAAAGGGUAUGUCAGGAUUAACGUAGUGCAGGUUUCCAUGGUGCUUUCAGUCUCGUUUGCUUCUGAUCAGGGAGAAAGUAACCUAAUGUAGCAGGUGUAAAAUAAACGCCUGAAAUUAGAUCCCCUACGUACUGGUCUUGACGAGAAGAAAAUAAACUAUUUCUGCACUGUUCAACCAAUCCAGUACAUGUGGAGAAGGAGUUAAGAUGCAGUGUCGCCUUGUUAACUUCCAAAAGCGGAAGUCACAACACAGGCUCUCUUUCCAUUUCCCCUGAAAACUGGAACAUCUGGUUGUUGGGGACUCGGCAGAGGCUAGGGAGACAGUAGCCAACCUACAUAGACCAGAGAGACAAACAUCAACAAGAUGGACCAUCACAGUGGAGGGACUGUAAGGACUGGAGAGACAAACAGCAAAGAGAUGGACUGUCACAGUGGAUGGGCUGUAGGGACUGGAGACAUAUACAUACAUGGUUAUGUAAGUGACCACUUCACGCUGUUUGACUGACAGUCUUAGCGUUGCCUGGGUGACAGCAAGUGGGACUGAUAGCUUCAGCACCUGACUCUGCUCUGUGGGUCAGGGCCGCAGACAGCGUUGUUUAGUAAAUCAAAAACUGAUAACAGCAAGGGCAAAUGGCCGAUUACCAGCUGGAUUCAAUCAGGCUGCUCAGCUGAGUGCAGAUUCCCCUCCAUCAGCAGGAUCAGGGGAAGGGGUGAAGUGAAGGACCCUGUUAGAUAUAGUGAAGGACCACUAGGGAAGAGCAUCCAUCAGGGGUCUCCAUUUAGACAUUACUGACAAACAGGACUGGGACUCACGCACAUCUCUCCAACUGGGACCUGGGGACUAGAAUAUCUCCCAACAGGACCAGGGAACUAGAAUAUCUCCCCAACAGGACCGGGACUAGAAUAUAUCCUAACAGGACCUGGGACUAGAAUAUCUCCCAAAAGGACCUGGGACUAGAAUAUCUCCCAACAGGACCAGGGAACUAGAAUAUCUCCCAACAGGACCUGGGACUAGAAUAUCUCCUAACAGGACCUGGGACUAGAAUAUCUCCCAACAGGACCUGGGACUAGAAUAUCUCCCAACAGGACCAGGGAACUAGAAUAUCUCCCAACAGGACCUGGGACUAGAAUAUCUCCUAACAGGACCUGGGACUAGAAUAUCUCCCAACAGGACCUGGGACUGACAUCUCACCAACAGGACCUGGGACUAGAAAUCUCCCAACAGGACCAGGACUAGAAUAUCUCCUAACAGGACCUGGGACUAGAAUAUCUCCUAACAGGACCAGGGAACUAGAAUAUCUCCCAACAGGACCUGGGACUAGAAUAUCUCCCAACAGGACCUGGGACUAGAAUAUCUCCUAACAGGACCAGGGAACUAGAAUAUCUCCCAACAGGACCUGGGACUAGAAUAUCUCCAACAGGACCAGGGAAAAGGGGGGAACUAGAAUAUCCUAACAGGCCCAGGGAACUGAAUAUCUCCCACAGGACCUGGGACUAGAAUAUCUCCUAACAGGACCUGGGACUAAUUAGAAUAUCUCCUAACAGGACCAGGAACUAGAAUAUCUCACAAACCGGACUGGGGGACAGAUAUAUCCCAACAGGACAGAAAACUAGAAUAUCUCCUAACAGGACCAGGGAACUAGAAUAUCUCCCAACAGGACCUGGGGACUAGAAUAUCUCCUAACAGGACCAGGGAACUAGAAUAUCUCCCAACAGGACCAGGGAACUAUAAUAUCUCCCAACAGGACAUGGACUAGAAUAUCUCCUAACAGGGACAGGACUAGAUAUCUACUAACAGGGACCUGGGACUAGAAUUUCUCAUAACCGGACCAGGGGAACAGAAAUCUCCCAACAGGACUGGGACUAGAAUAGCUCCCUAAACGGACCUGGGACUAGAAUAUCUACUAAACAGGACCAGGGAACUAGAAUAUCUCCCAACAGGACCAGGGAACUAUAAUAUCUCCCAACAGAACAGCCAUUACAAACAGCUUUAGUUGGGAGUCAGCAGGAUGGGUGGACACUAGUGUGGUGGGAAUUACCAUGUAAGUGUAUUGUUGUGAUUGAGUAUGUUGGUGUUUUAUGUGUGUUCGUGUGUGUAUGUGUGUGUGUGUGUUGUGUGUGUUGUGGGGGUGGUGUGUGUGGGUGUGGGUGUUGUGUGUUGUGUGUGUGUGUGUGUGUGUGGUGUGUGUGUGUGUGUGUGUGUGUGGUGUGUGUAGAACAGUUUCCUGAUUUAUUCCUGCUUUAAAUAACUGGUGCAAAUCUGCACAUUCUACACUUUUAUCAUUCCAAUAGUGUUACAUAUCUAACCUAAUUAUGGUAUCAAAUGCUGUAUAUAUCCCUGAUAUUGAGUGUGCUGUAAUAACAGUUUGUUGUGUUUUUCCCCACAGAGAGAAACCAAGGGCCAGUUCCUAGUGGAUCAUGUGUGUAACCAUUACAGCCUCCUGGAGAAGGACUACUUUGGCAUCAGAUAUGUCGACCCAGAGAAACAGAGGGUAUGGAUAGAUACACACAUACAUUGACAAAUAUACAACUCAUAACUGUUCUCAGUCAUUGCGUGAUAUUCUGUUUAACACUUAAAGAUGCAGUCCGGGAUCUUACAAAUUCGUAACAUAUUGUACGAAUUGCACCCCACAUUUUUUUUUUACAACUUUUUUUUGCAGGAUGUAACAUAAGAAAUGGAUGCCAUAGUACACAAAUAUGGAACAUUUUCUGGCUGAAAUUAUACAAAAUCUCUGGAGCAUCACUUUAACUCACGCUGACAUUUUUCUGACAUUGUGGCAGGUUGGCAUUUACUGGGAUGACUCGUGUACUGGGCAGCUCUGCAGAUGGUUCACAAUUGUGCACAAGCACAAAAGUCAUAAAAACUCUGAUUUGAAACCUCAAAACCUAACCUUAAACACCACUGUAAUCCUAAUGCAUCAACCCUAACCUUAUGAAUUAAGAACAAAAAGCAAAUUUUAAGUUUUCAUGAAUUCCUACGAUAAUAUAGCCAAUUUGUACUUUGCAGCUUGCCCAUCUAGCAGAAACCGCACAGUUCUGCCUCUAGGGCAGGAUUCAUGGCAAUAAACGUCAAUAAUAAUAUAAUAAUAAUAAGAAUAUGCCAUUAGCAAAAGACGGCUUUUAUCCAAGCGGACUUUACAGUCAUGUGUGCAUACAUUUACGUAGGGGUGGUCCCGAUUUGCCAAAUUCAAAAAACCCACCCAAAAAAAACAAAAAAAAAAAAAAAAAAAAAAAGUGGGCUAGACAACGAAAAAACCCUUCUUUGGGGGGGGAAAAAAAAAUCCCCCCAGAAGGUUUUGGGGGGGGGGCCCGGGGGGGGGUUUCCUUCUUUUUCUCCUUUUUCUUCUCUCUCUCUCUCUUCUUUUUUCCCCUUUUCUCUCUCUUCCUUUCUCCCUUCCUCUCUCUUCUCUUUUUUCUCUCUCUCCUCUUUCCUUUUCCCCUCCUCACCCAUGGCGGAGCCCAAAAAGCCCAUAGUGAAGAAAGAAGGGUAAGUGUCCCUCUGUUUCUCUUGGUUUGAUGUGGCCAUAGUGUUUGUAUGGGUGCCCAUGCGGCACGGGGGACGUGGCCUACGCUCCUCUCCGAAGUGGGAAACAAGCCUUAGGUCAAGCCCUACAACAUUUAAAACAAGGGGACAGGAGAACCCCUAAAACACAAAAAGAAAAAAAGAAUAGAUCAAAGAAAGAUGCAAAAAAGGGGACAGAAAACAUGAAACGAAAAACCCGGAACAAAAAAACGGGACAAAAACACGAAACAAAAACAUGAAACAGACAAAACCCAACGGGAAAAAAGAAACAGACAGAACACUGAAACAGACAGAACGAACAAAAGAACACUGAAACCAGACAGAACUAAAACAGAAGAACACUGAAAAACGGGAAAACUGAACAGACAGAACACGAAAAAAAAACAAAAACACGACAAAAAAGCAAAAACACUGACAGCAAACAGAACACUGAAACAAACAGAACACUGACAGCAAACAGAACACUGAAACAAACAGAACACUGACAGCAAACAGAACACUGAAACAAACAGAACAUGCAGAAAAACAGAAACAAAAACAAACAGAACAUGAAGCAAAAGAACACUGAACCAAAACAGAAAAAACUGACAGAAAAAGAAACACUAAAACAAACAGAACAUGAAAAGCAAACAGAAAAGAAGCAAACAAAAAACACGAAAAAAACAGAACUCUGACAGCGGACAAAAAACCUGAAGAAAAAGGGUACAUAAAAUAAAGGUAACAAUCCAAGACGAUGGGAAAAGUUUUGGAUUUGGUUUUGCAUUAAUCUCUGCGGCCCGAACAGUGUUGGUUUUGGACAGUAUUUAUGUGUGUUUAUUAAAUCCUUCCUGCGCUGGUUAUGGACAGUGUUGUGGAUACAGAGUUAAAGGGGGGCAUAAAAGGGUUUUGUAGAUUUACGGUUUAAUUUUUCAAAGAAUUCAUCUCUCUUUUCUCUUUUCUUUCUUUCUCUUCUCUCUCUCUCCUCUCUCUUUUCUCUCCCUCUCUCCUCUCUCUCUCUUUCCUCCACUCUUCCAAUAUAUCUUUCUCUCGCUCUCUUUCUCCCAGAGCAUAAAUUAAUCAAGAAACUAUUACUUAUGCGCUCAGCUCUAGAACAUGUGCAAUAGGAGAUAAAGAAGGAGAGGAGGGGGGAGAGAGGGGAGUAAGAAGAGAGAGGGGGGAAUAGGAAGAGAGAGAGGGAAAAAGGAAGAGGAGAGGGAGUAGGGUGAGAGAGAGGGGACGGUGGAGAGAGAGGGGGUAAGAAGAGAGAGAGGGGGGUACGAUGGAAGAGGGAGUACGGAUAGAGAGAGAGGGAGUACAGAUGGAGAGAGAGGGAGUACAGGGGCAGAUGGAGAAAGAGACGGUGACAGAUAGUGAGAUCAGAUUUGAUGAGAAUGAGAAGACAUGAGAUAUGUACGGAGUUAAAGAUAGACAGAGAACUUGUAAGGGAAGUGUACAGUAUAGACAGAAUGUGGGAGUGAUUGAGAGGAUGACAAAUGGAGGGUGGGCUCUUGAUAUGUCUGAGCUGAACUGACACUUCCCAUAUCUCUCUGGCGAGUUUGCCUCACACGUUAUGUGUGUGUGUACGUGUGCUUGCAUGUGUGCGUGCCUACUUAUGUGUGUGUUUGGCAGUAGGAUGUUAUUAAAUAUCACUCUAUUCCGCAAGACUCAGGAAUAAGCAGCUCAGGUUAUUUAGGAUCUUUGUAUUUAUUAUUAUUUAUCUUCUGUCUGUUUCUCCAGAUAAUGCCACUGAGAAUUCAGCUGGUAUAUACGGGCACUUCAGUCAACUCAGCCAACACUGGCACUCAGUAAUGACUUCCUGUCGUUCAACCUAUCAAUCAUGGGGUGCGUCCGAAAUGGCACCCUAUUUCCACAUAUAGUGCACUACUUUUGACCAGGGUCCGCAUAGGAUCAGAAUAUAGAGUUAAAAAAGCACACUGGUUCAUCUUUCUCUCAUUAGUGUGUGUGAGAGAAUCCUGCUCAUCGCUAGCAGUUAAAAUACCUCCUCUGUGUGUAUGAGUGAUUACAGUCAUGAUCAUUAACAAAUGAAUGAUCAAAAAUAGUCUCACUCUGUCUAUUUUCUCUCUCUCCCUCUUCUCUCCUCUCUUCUUCCCUCUUUUAUCUCUUUUCUCACGCUUCUUUUUUUGUGUUUUCGUGUUUUUACAGCUCAGCAGCCCUACACAAUGUGCUUCAGGGUCAAAUUCUACCCUCACGAGCCAAUGAAGAUCAAAGAGGAGCUCACCAGGUAGUGACCUUGAUGCUGAUUGGCUAGAAAACACUAUUUUAUUCCCUACAGUAUGACUGGUUCCUUACAUUAUCUGAGGCUGUCUAAGCGAGCAGACAGGAGGGUGUUUGAUGAUGGCGUUCUCUGGUUCUAUUUCAUGGACAUUGGCAGGCGAUCCUAGGAUAACUGCUGCUCCCUCCCAGCCCUGCCGGAACAUGUUAAAAACGUUUAAAAAAAUUUGGAAAUACAAAAAAUUCCACACAUUUAUUGUAAUUUAAUUUUUAACAUGUUUUUAAAAAAGCUUCUACCCCCCUCUUUGCUUUCACAAACACCUGAAAAGCUGUUUUUGCUCGAACAUGACAUGAGAGAGAGAGUGGGGCUUUGUGAUUACACACUCUCAAGCAUAUUCAGUGAUUAACUGGACAUUAGAACCUGUUCUCACCACAUGUGCAUGCUGCAUGUUCCAUUGAGCUGUGAAGCACAGCAACGCAAAAAAGCAACAAAAAAGAAAGCGAGAAACACAAAAAAACAAAGGCCUCCCGCCAACCCCGAACAAACAAACCCCCAAAAAAAAACGACCCCAAAAAAAAACCCACCAAAAAGAGCCCCCAAUACGAAAAAAGAAACAGAAAAAGAGAAAGAACCCCUAAAUACUAAUUGAAAAUCCUCCCAUCUACCCACCUCAUCACUAAACAUCUCAAAAAACGCAAACAAUCCUCUCCAUACUGAACAAAUAAGUAACCCAAAAACAAAUCCAGCAAAGCCAACACCACCAGCCCCAAAAAAGGGCAGAUAAGACCAGACACCUCAUACCCAAAAUAUACCCCCCUAAGCAACCUACUCAAAAACCCCGAAAAAACCCAAAGAAAAGAAACCCAGAACCACCUAGCAUCAGAAAGAAAAACAAUUACCACCCAACAUCCCGCCCCCAAAAAAAAGCCCCAAUACCCUCCGACCAUCAUCCCUCCUCAUCAUCCCCCUCCUACACCCUCCUCCCUCACCUCCUCAUCCCUCCCUCCAUCUAUCCUCCCUCCCUCCAUCUAUCCCUCCCUCCCUCCAUCUAUCCCUCCCUCCCUCCAUCUAUCCCUCCCUCCCUCCUUUCCCUUUCAGUUGCUCCUUCUCAGUGUUUCACAUCUCUGGCUGUUGUGUAAAGUGCUAUUUGACAUGGAGGUAAGAGCACCAUUAGCUCUAGAGGUAAAGUGCCGUGGAACAGAGUUUGAGAGUCUAGAGGUUGGGGGUGGAGCGGGGACCUUGAGGGGCAGAAGUAAAGCUCUCCAACCCCAGACAGCAGCAUUAGAACAUGGCCAUUAGUGACGCAUGGCACUGAUCACUGGAGCAUACACAGAGGCCUCUGAGUCUAAGCUCUCUCAGUGUCUAACAUGAUGUAGUACAGUAUCAUAGGGUGCUAUGGAGAUCUACAUCGCAUACAUCCUAGAAUUCAAUGUUCUAAAUGUCAUUCUAUGGGCUGCAUGGUUUACAUGGUCUCGGGGCUGUAGACUGUCUCAGAGCCACUCGGAAAUGUGUCUGACUGAGUAUCAGUACAGUAAAUACAUUCCAGACUAUUACAUAGAAAAUACAGUAAUGAAAUACAGUAAUGAAAUACAGUACAAAAAAUGUCAGAACUGGACAUGCAUUUAAUAGAAGAUUCUAUAUUGGAUUGUAUUCGUUCUACUAGUCUGUACAGUGUUUCUGGUUGCAACAGUGGAGGGCUGUGUUGUUGUUGUGGAUCAAUGUGCUGUCCCCAUAGUAAUCUGAGUGAAUGGUUGACUUCACACAUUCAACCACAUGACAAGUCCUAGAAAGAGAGCCAGAGGCCAAUAGUUAGGGAUAGUUACAUCACAGAGAAAAGAGUAACAUGGUCUUUGAGAAGAGGAGAUAUGGGGAUCUGAUAUGGAGUGUGUUACAGACAUACUACAUUUGAAUGGAUGUUAUGUUAAAGAGAUUUUAAAGUUUGUUUUAGGGAGAGCUGAGGAAUAUAGUGAUAGUCUAUUAUUCCUUGUGAAUAUGUGUAGAGGUUAUUGCGCUGCCUCCUGCUCCUAAUCCAAGGUAGCUGUAGGUAUACCAGACAGCCUCUAUAAAUAAACCCAUUGAGACUCAGUCGGCUUUUUAGUUCCAUUGAAUUUUUCAUGCUUUUCUUUUAAUCGGCCUUGCUCGGGUUUAUUCCCUGCAUCUGUGGGUGAGUGUGUGUGAGUGCAUGCGUGUUUGUUUCUGACGUGAUUUUGUAGGUUGUCAGUUGCCUCUGGAAGUUUUCGGGACAAUGCCACUCUCCAUAGUUUCUAUGGUAACAGAUGUCUAUGGUUUGUCGUCGUUUCUCGAGUAACAGGGGACACAUUUGCACAGUAGUAACUAUUGAAGCCGUCUCCAUAGUAACUGUGGUAGAGGUGGCCAUGGUAACCGAUCUCUUGUAGGGGUGAUUCCCAUAGCAACUGAUCUCGGUUUUUGUAUAAUUAAUGGCAAUGGCACAUUGGUUUUAAAAAUGCUUUUAGUAAAUGUUCCGUGUUUGUGGAUACUGUUUUUAUGGGUCAUGACAUGGUUCUACCAUCAUACAAUGUUGUUUAUAAAUGAUACUUGUGUUGAAGAUCAUUCAUGUCAUGUACAGUCGUGGUCAAAAGUUUUGAGAAUGACACAAAUAUUGGUCUUCACAAAGUUUGCUGGUUCAGUGUUAUGAGAUAUUUUUGUCAGACGUUACUAUGGUAUACUGAAGUAUAAUUACAAGCAUUCCAUAAGUGUCAAAGGCUUUUAUUGACAAUUACAUUAAGUUUAUGCAAAGAGUCAAUAUUUGCAGUGUUGACCCUUCUUUUUCAAGAGCUCUGCAAUCCGCCCUGGCAUGCUGUCAAUUAACUUCUGGGCCACAUCCUGACUGAUGGCAGCCCAUUCUUGCAUAAUCAAUGCUUGGAGUUUGUCAGAAUUUGUGGGUUUUUGUUUGUCCACCCGCCUCUUGAGGAUCGACCACAAGUUCUCAAUGGGAUUAAGGUCUGGGGAGUUUCCUGGCCAUGGACCCAAAAUGUAGAUGUUUUGUUCCCUGAGCCACUUAGUUAUCACUUUUGCCUUAUGGCAAGGUGUUCCAUCAUGCUGGAAAAGGCAUUGGUCAUCACCAAACUGUUCUUGGAUGGUUGGGAGAAGUUGCUCUCGGAGGAUGUGUUGGUACCAUUCUUUAUUCAUGGCUGUGUUGCAGCUGAAAUGGCGCCGGAGAAGAUGGCUGCCGUUUUACAGCCCUCUAACCAAUUGUACUAUUACGUGUGUUUUUCCGCAUUAUUUGUAAUUUAUUUUGUACAUAAUGUUUCUGCCAUCGUCUCUUAUAACCAAAAAGAGCUUCUGGAUAUCAGGACAGCGAUUACUCACCUCGUAUUGGGCAAAUAAUUUUUCUUCAACGAGGCGGCCGCGAAGGAUAUCCUACAGACACCCGACAAGGCCCAAAUCCCCGUCAUUCGCAUGAGGAAGAGACAGAGUUAUCGUGGACGUAGGUCGGGGUGCCUUGUAAGGAGCCGACGGCGAGCGAGUAAACUGCCGCUCCCAUCAAUCCUAUUAGCCAAUCUUCAAUCAUUGGAAAAUAAAUUGGAUGACCUAAUAUGACGUUAUCCUACCAACGGGACAUUAAAAACUGUAAUAUCUUAUGUUUCACCGAGUCGUGGCUGAACGACGACAUGGAUAACAUACAGCUAGCGGGCUAUACGCUACAUCGGCAGGAUAGAACGGCUGACUCCGGUAAGACAAGGGGUGGCGGUCUGUGUAUAUUUGUAAACAACAGGUGGUGCACAAAAUCAAAUACUAAGGAAGUCUCGAGGUUUUGCUCGCCUGAGGUAGAGUAUCUCAUGAUAAGCUGUAGACCACACUAUUUACCAAGAGAGUUUUCAUCUAUAUUUUUCAUAGCUGUCUAUUUACCACCACAAACCAAUGCUGGCAUUAAGAUUGCACUGAAUGAGCUGUAUAAGGCCAUAAGUCAACAGGAAAACGCUCAUCCAGAGGCAGCGCUCCUAGUGGCCGGGGACUUUAAUGCAGGGAAACUUAAAUCCGUUCUACCUAAUUUCUACCAGCAUGUUAAAUGUGCAACCAGAGGGAAAAAAACUCUAGACCACCUUUACUCCACACACAGAGAUGCAUACAAAGCUCUCCCUCGCCCUCCAUUUGGCAAAUCUGACCAUAACUCUAUCCUCCUGAUUCCUGCUUAUAAGCAAAAACUAAAGCAGGUAGCACCAGUGACUCGGUUAAUAAAAAAGUGGUCAGAUGACGCAGAUGCUAAGCUACAGGACUGUUUUGCUAGCACAGACUGGAACAUGUUUUCUUCAGAUAGCAUUGAGGAGUACACCACAUCAGUCACUGGCUUCAUCAAUAAGUGCAUCGAUGAUGUCGUCCCCACAGUGACCGUACGUACAUACCCCAACCAGAAGCCAUGGAUUACAAGAAACAUCCGCACUGAGCUAAAGGGUAGAGCUGCCGCUUUCAAGGAGCGGGACUCUAACCCGGACGCUUAUAAGAAAUCCCGCUAUGCCCUCCGACGAACCAUCAAACAGGCAAAGAGUCAAUACAGGACUAAGAUUGAAUCGUACUACACCGGCUCUGACGCUCGUUGGAUGUGGCAGGGCUUGAAAACUAUUACAGACUACAAAGGGAAGCACAGCCGCGAGCUUCCCAGUGACACAAGCCUACCAGGCGAGCUAAACCACUUCUAUGCUCGCUUCGAGGCAAGCAACACUGAAGCAUGCAUGAGAGCACCAGCUGUUCCGGAUGACUAUGUGAUCACGCUCUCCGUAGCCGAUGUGAGUAAGACUUUUAAGCAGGUCAACAUUCACAAGGCCGCAGGGCCAGACGGAUUACCAGGACGUGUACUCCGAGCAUGUGCUGACCAACUGGCAAGUGUCUUCACUGACAUCUUCAACAUGUCCCUGACUGAGUCUGUAAUACCAACAUGUUUCAAGCAGACCACCAUAGUCCCCGUGCCCAAGGACAACCUGCCUACCGACCCGUAGCACUGACGUCUGUAGCCAUGAAGUGCUUUGAAAGGCUGGUCAUGGCUCACAUCAACACCAUUAUCCCAGAAACCCUAGACCCACUCCAAUUUGCAUACCGCUCCAACAGAUCCACAGAUGAUGCAAUCUCUAUUGCACUCCACACUGCCCUUUCCCACCUGGACAAGAGGAACACCUACGUGAGAAUGCUAUUCAUUGAUUACAGCUCAGCAUUCAACACCAUAGUGCCCUCAAAGCUCAUCACUAAGCUAAGGAUCCUGGGACUAAACACCUCCCUCUGCAACUGGAUCCUGGACUUCCUGACGGGCCGCCCCCAGGUGGUAAGGGUAGGUAAGAACACAUCUGCCUCACUGAUCCUCAACACGGGAGCCCCUCAGGGGUGCGUGCUCAGUCCCCUCCUGUACUCCCUGUUCACCCAUGACUGCAUGGCCAGGCACGACUCCAACACCAUCAUUAAGUUUGCCGAUGACACAACAGUGGUAGGCCUGAUCACCGACAACGAUGAGACAGCCUAUAGGGAGGAGGUCAGAGACCUGGCCGUGUGGUGCCAGGAUAACAACCUCUCCCUCAACGUGACCAAGACAAAGGAGAUGAUUGUGGACUACAGGAAAAAAAAGAGGACUGAGCACGCCCCCAUUCUCAUCGAUGGGGCUGUAGUGGAACAGGUUGAGAGCUUCAAGUUCCUUGGUGUCAACAUCACCAAUGAACUAUCAUGGUCCAAACACACCAAGACAGUCGUAAAGAGGGCACGACAAAGCCUAUUCCCCCUCAGGAGACUGAAAAGAUUUGGCAUGGGUCCUCAGAUCCUCAAAAAAUUAUACAGCUGCACCAUCGAGAGCAUCCUGACUGGUUGCAUCACCGCCUGGUAUGGCAACUGCUUGGCCUCUGACCGCAAGGCACUACAGAGGGUAGUGCGUACGGCCCAGUACAUCACUGGGGCCAAGCUUCCUGCCAUCCAGGACCUCUAUACCAGGCGGUGUCAGAGGAAGGCCCUCAAAAUUGUCAAAGACUCCAGCCACCCUAGUCAUAGACUGUUCUCUCUGCUACCGCACGGCAAGCGGUACCGGAGUGCCAAGUCUAGGUCCAAAAGACUUCUCAACAGCUUCUACCCCCAAGCCAUAAUUCUCCUGAACAGCUAAUCAUGGCUACCCGGACUAUUUGCACUGCCCCCCCACCCCAUCUUUUUACGCUGCUGCUACUCUGUUAAUUAUUUAUGCAUAGUCACUUUAACUCUACCCACAUGUACAUAUUACUUCAACUACCUCAACUAGCCAGUGCCCCCGCACAUUGACUCUGCACCGGUACCCCCCUGUAUAUAUAGCCUCCCUACUGUUAUUUUAUUUUACUUCUGCUCUUUUUUCUCAACACUUUUUUGUUGUUGUUUUAUUUAAAAAAUGCACUGUUGGUUAAGGGCUGUAAGUAAGCAUUUCACUGUAAUGUCUGCACCUGUUGUAUUCGGCACAUGUGGCCAAUACAAUUUGAUUUGAUUUGAUUUGAUUUGUUCUUAGGCAAAAUUGUGAGUGAGCCCACUCCCUUGGCUGAGAAGCAACCCCACACAUGAAUGGUCUCAGGAUGCUUCACUGUUGGCAUGACACAGGACUGAUGGUAGCGCUCACCUUGUCUUCUCUGGACAAGGUGUUUUCCAGAUGCCCCAAACAAUCGUAAAAGGGAUUCUUCAGAGAAAAUGACUUUACCCCAGUCCUCAGCAGUCCAAUCCCUGUACCUUUUUUCAGAAUAUCAGUCUGUCCCUGAUGUUUUUCCUAGAGAGAAGUGGCUUCUUUGCUGCCCUUCUUGACACCAGGCCAUCCUCCAAAAGUAUUCGCCUCACUGUGCGUGCAGAUGCACUCACACCUGCCUGCUGCCGUUCCUGAGCAAGCUCUGCACUGGUGGUGCCCCGAUCCCGCAGCUGAAUCAACUUUAGAAGACGGUCCUGGCACUUGCUGGACUUUCUUGGGCGCCCUGACGCCUUCUUCACAACAAUUGAACCUCUCUCCUUGAAGUUCUUGAUGAUCCGAUAAAUGGUUGAUUUAGGUGCAAUCUUACUAGCAGCAAUAUCCUUGCCUGUGAAGCCCUUUUUGUGCAAAGCAAUGAUGACGGCACGUGUUUCCUUGCAGGUAACCAUGGUUAACAGAGGAAGAACAAUGAUUUCAAGCACCACCCUCCAUUAAAAGGUCCUUUUGUGGCAGGGCUGACAUGCAGUGGAAAUGUUUUUUGGGGAUUAAGUUCAUUUUCAUGGCAAAGAGGGACUUUGCAAUUAAUUGCAAUUCAUCUGAUCACUCUUCAUGACAUUCUGGAGUAUAUGCAAAUUGCCAUCAUAAAAACUGAGGCAGCAGACUUUGUGAAAAUUAGUAUUUGUGUCAUUCUCAAAACUUUUGACAACGACUGUAAAGUGUGACAAUUAUGAUGAUUGAGUAUGAUCAUUAGUUUGUGAUGCUUCUCUAUGUACAGUGCAUUCGGAAAGUAUUCAAACCCCUUGACUUUUCCCACAUUUUGUUACGUUACAGCCUUAUUAUAAAAUGGAUUCAAUUGUUUUUUUCCCCUCAUCAAUCUACACACAAUACCCCAUAAUGACAAAGCAAAAACAGGUUUUUACAUAAGUAUUCAGACCCUUUACUCAGUACUUUGUUGAAGCACCUUUGGCAGCGAUUACAGCCUCGAGUCUUCUUGGGUAUGACGCUACAAGCUUGGUACACCUGUAUUUGGGGAGUUUCUCCCAUUCAUCUCUGCGGACCCUCUCAAGCUCUGUCAGGUUGGAUGGGGAGCGUCGCUUCACAGCUAUUUUCAGGUCUCUCCAGAGAUGUUUGAUCGGGUUCAAGUCCGGACUCUGGCUGGGCCACUCAAGGACAUUCAGAGACUUGUCCCGAAGCCACUCCUGCGUUGUCUUGUCCAUGCUUCACCGUAGGUUUGGUGCCAGGUUUCCUCCAGACGUGACGCUUGGCAUUCAGGCCAAAGAGUUCAAUCUUGUUUCAUCAGACCAGAGAAUCUUGUUUCUCAUGGUCUGAGAGUCCUUCAGGUGCCUUUUGGCAAACUCCAAGCGGGCUGUCAUGUGCCUUUUACUGCGGAGUGUCUUCUGUCUGGCCACUCUAAAAUAAAGGCCUGAUUGUUGGAGUGCUGCAGAGAUGGGUGUCCUUCUGGAAGGUUCUCCCAUCUCCAAAGAGGAACUCAGGAAAUCUGUAAGAGUGACCAUCAGGUUCUUGCCCUUCUCCCCUGAUUGCUCAGUUUGGCCGGGCGGCCAGCUCUAUCUAUAAAUCAAAAAACGUGUCUUCGCUUUGUCAUUAUGGGGUAUUGUGUGUAGAUUGAUGAGGAAAAAAAGUAAUUUAAUACAUUUUAGAAUAAGGCAGUAACGUAACAAAAUGCGGAGAAAGGGAAGGGGUCGGAAUACUUUCCGAAUGCACUAUAUGCAGGCAGCACGGCAGGCUACAGUGUAUCUUGAGUAACCAUGUGUCUAUAAGCAGGCACAGUGUCUGUGGUUGACCCCUGUAUACGUCUCUGUGCAGGUAUCUGCUGUAUCUGCAGCUGAAGAGGGACGUCUACCACGGUCGUCUCCUGUGCCCCUUCGCUGACGCAGCCUACCUGGGGGCCUGUAUCGUACAGGGUGAGCCCCGCUCUGACAUCAUCACCCUAAUUUACAUGCACAGCAAUUAGCAAUAUAUUCGCUGUGAUUCCAGACUCAUUAGUACGAGUACCUUCUCAAACGAUCUGAGCACCGGCCCUACUCUCGGAGCGGAGAUCUCUCAUCUCUACUCAAACGCUCCCUGAGUAACCAAUCUGAACACUGGCCCUACUCUCCGAGCUGAGAUCUCUCAUCUCUACUCAAACGCUCCCUGAGUAACCAAUCUGAACACUGGCCCUACUCUCCGAGCUGAGACCUCUCAUCCCUACUCGGACGCUACCAGCGGCAGAGUAAUACAACCUGACAGCAGCCCAGAGUAAUAGACCUCAACACUAUAGUCUUAUUCCAUCCAUCCUUAAGCUGACACACAUCAAACCAUCCCUGAACAACUCCACAGUGCCAAUUAACAGCACAGUGAGAGGCUAAGGCUGGUAGUGUUUGAUGUGGGUUCCAAAAGGAUUGAACUAUGUCAUAUCACUAGCUAAUCCCCAUGUCUGUUACAACAUACAGUAUAUCUUAGCCUCUACUCUUCUGACUGGUUGGGCUCCCUAGAGAGGAGAAUAUGAUGAAGUGAUCUGAGGUAUCUAAGGAUACGUCCCAAAUGGCACCCCGCUCCCUAUUUAGUGCACUGCUUUUCUCCAGGGUCAAAAGUAGUGCACUGUGUAUGGAAUAGGGUGCCAUUUGGGACACAAACCUAACUGACGUAGUUACAGCACAGGGCCUCCUGCUGGUCGUUAUCAGUACUUCUGUUUAAUGAGAACGAGUCCCCAUGCAUGCCUUGUUAGGCUGUUAAGUAAAGUGAAGUGUGUUAGCUGCAGGAUUAGUCUGUAAUAAAGCUAGAGGUACAUUGCGCUGCGAACCGCUUUAUAACCCUCUGUGAACCGUGUCAUAACCCUCUGCUAACCGUUUUAUAACCCUUUACUAACCGUUUUAUAAUCCUCUGCUAACCGUUUCAUAACUCUCUUCUAACCUUUUUAUAACCCUCUGCUAACCAUUUCAUAACCCUCUGCUAACCAUUUCAUAACCCUCUGCUAACCAUUUCAUAACCCUCUGCUAACCAUUUCAUAACCCUCUGCUAACCAUUUCAUAACCCUCUGCUAACCAUUUCAUAACCCUCUGCUAACCGUUUCAUAACCUUCUGCUAACCAUUUCAAAACCCUUCCCAGCUGAACUAGGGGACUAUGACCAAGACGAACACCCGCCAGACUACAUCCAAGACUUCAAACUGUUCCCCAAGCAGUCGCUCAAACUGGAGAGGAAGAUCAUCGACAUCCACAAGAACGAGCUGAGGUAAUGUGGGAUUUGUAGUCUAACCAGCAUCUAACAACUACAACACCUAGACACCUUGACACCUGAACACAACAGCAUCAACUGUAAACACUAAGAUGGCAUCAUGACAUCAGCAGAAUUUUACUCCGAUUUUACUGACUUGCUUCCUUAUUUUAUUUUUUUACACACUUCCUCUCUUCUUCUCUGCUGCUAUAAAACAAAAAUAGGGUCCCAGAUGGUUUUACAACCUAUUACAUUUUUUGCUACACCUGCAUUUUUUAAUUGUUUGCCAGCACAUCAUAAAUAGUGCACUGAAGCGAUGCUGUACAACACAUCAUCGACUCCAGCAGCUGAUCUAACCAUAUCUCUGACUCUGAGGGGGGCAGACACAUGCAGACACAUACAUACACAUACAGACACUCACACACACUCACACACUCACACACUCACACACACACACAAACAGACACACACACACACACAAACAGACACAUACAUACACACACACACACACACACACACACACACACACACACACACACACACACACACACACACACACACACACAAACAGACACACACACACACAGACACACACAAACACACACACAAACAGACACACACACACACACACACACAAACACACACACACACACAAACAGGCACACACACACACACACACACACAAACAGACACACACACACAAACACAAACAGACACAAACAGACACAAACAGACACACACACACACACAAACAGACACACAGACACACACAAACACACACACACACACAAACAAGACACACAGACACACACAAACACACACACAAACACAAACAGACACAUACACACACACACACACAUACAUAAAGCCACUACUGAUCCCAUGUCCCUGUCCCAGAUGGUGUAAUAUGGCUGGCUGGGACCAGAGGGCUGGCUGGGACCAGAGGGCUGGCUGGCUGGGACCAGAGGGCUGGCUGGCUGGGACCAGAGGGCUGGCUGGGACCAGAGGGCUGGCUGGCUGGGACCAGAGGGCUGACUGGCUGGGACCAGAGGGCUGGCUGGGACCAGAGGGCUGGCUGGCUGGGACCAGAGGGCUGGCUGGCUGGGACCAGAGGGCUGGCUGGCUGGGACCAGAGGGCUGGCUGGCUGGGACCAGAGGGCUGGCUGGGACCAGAGGGCUGGCUGGGACCAGAGGGCUGGCUGGAACCAGAGGGCUGGCUGGCUGGGACCAGAGGGCUGGCUGGCUGGGACCAGAGGGCUGGCUGGCUGGGACCAGAGGGUUGUGUUUACAGGCGUUAUAAUAGAAACUGAGGCUCAGGCAGGUUGAUUUAGAGCCCACAGCAGGCAGCCGCCCAUCGCUGAGCAGCAGCAUGCGUCACCUAGGUGCUUUGCCAAGCACCACUUCAACUAAUGAACAUAAGCAGAGUGUCAUUACUCCAAAUACAAGCUGCUGAGCAACAUCUCUGGCAAUCUAGAGAUGGGCUAACACUGAGCUAACGACAACAAGAGAAAUGUAAAGCUAGCAUUAGAAUAUCAUUCUACAUUAUAGUUGUAUUACUCUGACAUUACUUUAGCACUCACAGACAUGAUUUGUGUUUAUGGAGCACUCAGCUCAAACACAAAGCAGUUUAUAUUGGGGUAAUAACUGUGCCCUCUAACCCAUUGUGUAUAACCAGCCUGCAGGUUUGCUGCUAACUGGCCUCCUAUCCCACAGGGGGCAGUGUUCUGCUCUGGCCGAGCUUCAUCUCCUCCAGAGGGCACACAACCUGGAGACAUACGGAGUGGACCCUCACCCCUGCAAGGUACCUCCCACCACCUCUCCCCUAAACUCUCACCUUUAUUUCAAUGUCCUUUAUUCCAGUGUAGCCACUGUGACUUAUAAUCAAUGAGUGUAAGAUUGAUUAAACAGCUUGUAUGGAGUUGUCAGCCCACAUUAAUAUGUAGUCCGCUCACAUCAAAUAUUCAAACCAAUUUGAUUUCAGUUUCUCGGCCAAUCGUAGUCCUUUUUCUUUCUGAUUGGACGGUUUGUUUAUUGUUGAACUCAGUCUCCUUCUGAUUGGACAGUGUGUUUCUUAAUGAGUGGAACAUGACGGCUGUAAUGGAGACUGUGUUCCUCUGCUUCUGUGUCAUCCUCUCUGGCUUCAUUUACACAGGCAGACAAAUUCAUAUCUUUUUUUUACAGUGGUCUCAAAAGACCAAUUAGUGGAAAAAAUAUCAAAAUUGUGCUGCCUGUGUAAACGCAGCCAUAGUGACUCACCGUGUGAAUGGGAAACUCUUGACAGCCAGGGUAUCAAAGCACUCUAAGCUGAUUAAAGGAGAUAUUUAAUUUAUUUUGUUUGAGGAUUCGCUUAUCUGUUCUGCUUGUGUCAUAAAGACCUUUUAAUUCAGGAAUUAACUGCAGCUGUCAGUGUAUCACCGUCCAUUUACUGCAGCCAGAACACAGUCUCCAUUACAGACGUCAUGUUCCGCUCAUUAAGAAACACACUGUCCAAUCAGAAGGAGACUGUGUUCAACAGAGAGACAAAUCGUCCAAUCAGAAAGAAAAAGGACUGAGUGUGAAAUCAGCUACGAUUGGCAGAGAAAUUGAAAUCAAAUCGGUUUGAAUGUUUGAUGUGAGCGGACUACAUGUUUACUGUGCUGCAGAGGGAGGUUGCAUGUGGUGAUACAGUAGUUAGUAGACUCUUGGCAGGAGUCUACUGUAUGAAAUUGGCUUUGGUUCAUAUGUUAUCAAGAGGAUUAUAUAUCAUAUGUUCCCAUGGAUUUGAAUUAUCUUUAUGUUUUACAUACAUUUUCAUUGUAGAAGUCUAUGGGAACAAUUUUUAUAGAGUAGCCAUUGCCAUUGCGACAACACUUCACAUUCUGGGAUACAGUCUUCCUGUAUGCCAGAAUGCCAAGUUUUGCUACCUCAGCCUGUGAUCUAGUAAGGGGCAGGUAGACGAUUCCAUCAACCUCUGGUCCAGAGUCAGAUAUUAUUUAAUCCCUGUAAUGGAUAAGGAUAGGAUUGGGGGUGAGCUUAUCUGAUCCUAGAUCUGUGGUUAAUAAUAAUAAUAUAAAUUUAGAGAUAUAAAUCACAAAGCUCUUUACAUUGUGAGCAACCAACAGUUGUUUUCGGGGAACGAUACAUGACUAUAUGACAGUGAGGCUUGCAUUGGAACAAAGUGUAGUCAGGAAGACGAGUCAUUUUCAGCCUGCUGCGGUGGUAAACAGUGAGACCGCCUCCUCAGCAGCUGUCUGCGCAUGCCUGAUUGGUAUACAUGGGUAACUUCUACCUUCACUGAGCAUUGGUGUGUGUGUCUGCAGGACUUCACAGGAUCCACAGCCUUCCUGGGAUUUACCGCCACUGGGUUUGUGGUGUUCCAGGGAAACAAGAGAAUCCACCUGCUCAAAUGGUAACCCUUCACCUCUCCCCUCUCACCUAUAUCCUCUAACCUAUGACCUCUUAACUACCAAAACAGCAGUGGUCUGAUUCUUCAGUCUCAUAAUUACUGUUGUUUACGAUUCUAGGGCUGAUGUCAACAAACUGAAGUUUGAAGGGAAAACAUUCUAUGUCAUUGGAAUUCAGAAAGAGGUAUGUCACAAAAUCUCAUUGUGUUUGCAAACACAAAAAUAGAUUUUCAAAAUAGAUUUCCUACCAGAGAUUUUCCCCAACAUAACUCUGUAGUAUAAUAUUAGUCACUUCUUGUGUCUCUGUGUUCUACUCUGUGUGUUUACGUUUAUACCGUAGGUGUGAAUGUCUCUGUAUUUCUAAUGUGAGAUGUGUGUGAGAGAGUAAUUUGUUGCACUGUUUCAGAUCUCUCUCACGGGCAGGAUGCACUGUAACAUGGUGGGUGUAUAAUGUCUAGCCCCACACCCCUGCCCUGACAUCUCCCAUGCCUAAAAUCAACUAAGAAUGGAACUAUAGUCGAAUCAGAGCCCCAAAGUCAUUCUACAUGACAUUGCUCCUGUUUGAGAAAAUCAACAGGUCUCAGGGAAGGUGGUUUGUAGUAAUAAGUGAUGUUUAGCCAGCUACAACCAACUGACAUGCACCACAGAUAGUCUUUGUGAGCCAUUCAAUGGAUGUAAUGUUUUCAGAACUGGCCUCACGCUCUAUAUACUCUAUAAAGAUGUCUUCCUUCUAUCUUUCUAUUGGCCAUUAUCUCUGUCUGUGCUGUAGUUCCACUCUGCCAUUGGCUGCCUGUCCUGCCUCAUGCUUGAGAUCUAGACAGAUACAUUUCUGCUCAGCUCUAGUUAAUGUUUAGUCCUGUCUCACGGUUUAGCCUGCUGCUUUAAAAUCACACACACACAUACACACUCACUCACACACACACUCACACUCACACACACACACACACACAAACACACACACACACACAGGUGCAUUGUACUCUCACUAAAACAUUCAAUUGGGUCCUCUGGGGCCUGAAUGUCUGCUGUUUCUUGGGAAACCAGGUGUGUGCACUGAGCAAUGAGUGACAUAAACCAGGUGUGUGCACUGAGCAAUGAGUGACAUAAACCAGGUGUGUGCACUCUGAGCAAUGAGUGACAUAAACCAGGUGUGUGCACUCUGAGCAAUGAGUGACAUAAACCAGGUGUGUGCACUGAGCAAUGAGUGACAUAAACCAGGUGUGUGCACUCUGAGCAAUGAGUGACAUAAACCAGGUGUGUGCACUGAGCAAUGAGUGACAUAAACCAGGUAUGUGCACUGAGCAAUGAGUGACAUAAACCAGGUGUGUGCACUCUGAGCAAUGAGUGACAUAAACGGGUCAAUUAAGUGCCAGGCAAAAUAAAAAACCAGCCGACACUCAGGAGCCCCUGAGGACUGGAGUCACCCAUGGGUUAAAACAAAGAUCUAAGUCAACAGCUGGACAUGUCAUUGCUACAAAGUGCCCGUCUCAACUGCCCAGCACCUCAUUUCAGACCGCUUUAUGGCAGCUCAUUUUGCUUGUAGUCUGUUGGUCUGUCUGGCUGAAGAUGCAGUUUUAUCUUUGUGUUUCUGUCUCUUCUCUCUGUGUGUUCAUAUCCAUCACUGGUGAGUAAAAACACACACACACCAUUGCAUCCCCCCCAACACCCUAAUGCUGACCCCUUCCAAACCUUCUCACAUUCUCCACAACUCGAAAAACCUCUCCGUUCUUCGCUCCUGUGGUUGUUGUGCGGUUCUCCUCCGAGUUGGGUUUGGUUCAUUUGAUUUGAGUUUUUGUUGGACUGCUCUUUGGUGAUGUUGGUGCAGGACCAUUUGGUUUGACCAUCAUCACCCAAUAGCAUGGAGCACUCUGUGACAAUUCCCUUUACUGCAGAAAAACAUACAUCCAUCAAAAUCUUAUUAGUAUCUUAUUAUGUAAUAACUUAUUUUUAUGUUUUAUGUCCUUAAUUAAUUAAACAGUUUGGCAGUUUGCUGAACUGUUUGUUUUCCUUGGUGUGUGUGUGUGUGUGGCUGUCUGUAUGUCUGUGUGUGUGUGUGUGUGUGUGUGUCUGUCUGUGUGUCUGUGUGUGUCUGUGUGCGUGCGUGUGUGUGUGUGAGUGCUUAGUGCAGUAAGGUGUAUCUUAUUAUGAUUUAAUCAUGCAUCGAUCCGCAGUCUCCGCUCUUCCUGGAACAGUUUAUACCCUGUGCCACUGCAUGAUCUCACUCUGCCCUCAUCUCUGCCAACUUCACAUGGAGAUGAUGUACCAUUGAACAUGUUUAACACAUGUUGUGGUCCCAUGAAAACUCCCCUGAACGUACAGUCCUGCUAGCUGAACACACUUGUAGCCCACACACGGCCACUGCCGCACAUGCGUGUUGCGUAUAAUAACCACUUCACUGUGGCUGACCACCCUGAACCUCCAGAUGUAUAAAUCCUCCUUACACUCUUCUUACCGUUGAUACGCCCCAGACAGUUAAGCAUACUGUACCAUUUACAGUAUCAGUGCAACAGCUGCGUUAAUACAUUUUAGACUGUGACACAGGCUUCAUACCAAAUAGCACCCUAUUCCCUUUAUAGAGCAGGGCCCCUCUGGUCAAAAGUAGUGCGCUAUAUAGAGAAUAGGAUGCCAUUUGGAAUACAACCAAAGUGUUACAGCAUGGGAAUGUGGAAAUUCAUCACCAAAUCUUAUUUUAUCUUAUAGUACAGUAUUAGUGUUCGAUGGUUACAGUGGUUAAGUCUCUGUCAGUAUUAGUGUUCAAUGGUUACAGUGGUUAAGUCUCUGUCAGUAUUAGUGUUCAAUGGUUACAGUGGUUAAGUCUCUGUCAGUAUUAGUGUUCAAUGGUUACAGUGGUUAAGUCUCUGUCAGUAUUAGUGUUCCAUGGUUACAGUGGUUAAGUCUCUGUCAGUAAUAGUGUUCCAUGGUUACAGUGGUUAAGUCUCUGUCAGUAUUAGUGUUCCAUGGUUACAGUGGUUAAGUCUCUGUCAGUAUUAGUGUUCCAUGGUUACAGUGGUUAAGUCUCUGUCAGUAUUAGUGUUCAAUGGUUACAGUGGUUAAGUCUCUGUCAGUAUUAGUGUUCCAUGGUUACAGUGGUUAAGUCUCUGUCAGUAAUAGUGUUCCAUGGUUACAGUGGUUAAGUCUCUGUCAGUAUUAGUGUUCCAUGGUUACAGUGGUUAAGUCUCUGUCAGUAUUAGUGUUCCAUGGUUACAGUGGUUAAGUCUCUGUCAGUAUUAGUGUUCCAUGGUUACAGUGGUUAAGUCUCUGUCAGUAUUAGUGUUCCAUGGUUACAGUGGUUAAGUGUCUGUCAGUAUUAGUGUUCCAUGGUUACAGUGGUUAAGUCUCUGUCAGUAUUAGUGUUCCAUGGUUACAGUGGUUAAGUCUCUGUCAGUAUUAGUGUUCCAUGGUUACAGUGGUUAAGUCUCUGUCAGUAUUAGUGUUCCAUGGUUACAGUGGUUAAGUCUCUGUCAGUAUUAGUGUUCCAUGGUUACAGUGGUUAAGUGUCUGUCAGUAUUAGUGUUCCAUGGUUACAGUGGUUAAGUCUCUGUCAGUAUUAGUGUUCCAUUGUUACAGUCGUUAAGUCUCUGUCCAGGCCAGGGAAAGUCUGUGCUCUGUGCUCUGUACUCUGUAAUGCUGCAGACACCAUUGAUCUGCUGAUCAUAUUACCAGACACAGAGCAGAUAACUGGACUUUUACUGGAAUUGAUCCCCCUCUUAUCCCCAGCUCUGCCCAUAAACUCCCUCACACCCGGGGCCUUUUAAGAACUGCUUAGUGCUGGAAGUGCACAAAGUGUUCGCCUGCCCACCUCCCCAUCUCCCUAACAGGCUGGGUGUAGGGUCUGGGUCAGCACUUUGCACAGCUCACUCUCAACAUGUUCAGCACUUUGUCGGAUGCCUCGUCCUAAUUCACUGUCUUCCUCUGCUUUGUUCCUCUCCUUCUCUCUCUCUUCUCUCUCUCUCUCUCUCUCUCUCUCUCUCUCUCUCUCUCUCUCUCUCUCUCUCUCUCUCUCUCUCUCUCUCUCUCUCUCUCUCUCUCUCUCUCUCAAUCUCUCUGCAGAAGAAACUGGUGCUGACGUUCCACACCUCUACCCCAGCGGCGUGUAAACAUUUGUGGAAGUGUGGGGUAGAGAACCAAGCAUUUUACAAGUGAGUCCCACAAAACACCUGCAGCACUCUCAUAUCCAUCUCUCUAUCCAAGCUGGAACUUGGAACAUGUGUGUGUGUGUGUCCACAAGAAUAGUAAACUAACAAACAUUUGACCAACUGGGGACAUUUUGUUAUUCCCCACAAGGUUAAAUGCUAUUUCUAGGGGGUUUAGGGUUAAGGUUAGAAUUAGUGUUAGGGUUAGGUUAGGUUUAGGGUUAGGAGCUAGGGUUAGUUUUAGGGUUAGGGUUAGGAGCUAGGGUUAGGUUAAGGGUUAAUGUUAGGUUUUUGGGUUAAGGUUAAGGUUAGGGUUAGGGUUAGGUUUAGGUUUAGGGGUUAGGGAAAAUAGGAUUUUGAAUGGGACUGAAUUGUGUGUCCCCACAAGGUUAGUUGUACAAGACGGUGUGUGUGUGUGUGUGUGUGUGUGUGUGUGUGUGUGUGUGUGUGUGUGUGUGUGUGUGUGUGUGUGUGUGUGUGUGUGUGUGCGCGUGCGUAGGCUCUAGCCGGGUUGAUUUGUGGCUGCAGACUGUUGUUAUCACUAGUUUAAUCCAGAGUUAUGAGUGUUCAGAUUGGUAGGGCUCAAUAAGACUGGGUGGAUGGUGUUGGAAGGGAGGGGUGGAGGGUUGGACAGACAGCAAUGGCUCUGAGGGCCAGCAGCUGAGCCUGGCUCCUGCAUGCUGGUUCCUGGGUCCUUGGGGCUCGAUUUUCCCUGGUCCUCAGCAGAGAGGCAGGUUUGGAUAUCAGAUCAGAGCUCGUUAAUCAAAUGAGACUGAAGUGAAUUUAGAAAAUGGCAGCCAAAGAGACCUCUGGAAAGUGCUGUGUCCUGGCAUUUAUCUUCACAAAAGUGCAUGAAACUUUUUGACAGGACCAACUAGACUGGAUACCUGUCAAGUCCUAUGAGUUCCUUUUUGACAGGACCAACUAGACUGGAUACCUGUCAAGUCAUAUGAGUUCCUUUUUGACAGGACCAACUCGACUGGAUACCUGUCAAUUCCUAUGAGUUCCUUUUUGACAGGACAAACUAGACUGAACAAUACAUCACAUUUGGAUACCUGUCAAGUCCUAUGAGUUCCUAAACGCCAAAUGUAACUAAUUAAUGAAUGUGCCCUCUUGCUCAGCAAACAAUUAUCUCUGUCUCUUUGACAGAUGUGCAAAGUCAAGCCAGAUAAAGACUGUGUCCAGCAGUAAUAUUUUCUUCAAGGGAAGCAGGUUUCGAUACAGGUGAGACAUUGAAUGCUUGACUGUGUCACUGAGCCUUACUAAGCCAAGCUGUGUCCAGUUAAAUGCCGCUAGACUUAUGUAUUGUUUGUUUUGAUCAUUUCCCAAAGCACAUUUUAUAUGCUACACAUCUCUUCAUUUCAGCAGCUGGAUAAGUGCUCAAGCAAUUUAGCUUAAGAGACAAUUUAACUUAAUUUAGCUUAAGGACUAGGUUAUUUGUUAUAGAGAACGAUUAAUUGAUUCAAGUCGGCAGGUAGCCUAGUGGUUAGAGCGUUGGGCCAGUAAUCAAAACGUUGCUGGUUUGAAUCCCUGAGCAACUAUGUGAAAAAUCUGCUGAUGUGCCAUUGAGCAAGGCACUUAACCCUAAUUGCUCCUGUAUGUCGCUCUGGAUUAGAGCAUCUGUUAAAAUGUAAAAGUCAUGUUUUUUCCCCCAAUAUGGACUAGGUGUAGGUAACAUACUGUAUAACAUGUUGACCUCAGGUUGGGGAUAAUUUCCUGCUUUGGUGUAACUUUACCCUGUAUGAUACAGUACACACUGUAGAACUACAUCUAGACAAAGUCACACUGUAGAACUACAUCUAGACAAAGUCACACUGUAGAACUACACCUACACAAAGUCACACUGUAGAACUACACCUACACAAAGUCACACUGUAGAACUACCUCUAGACAAUGUCACACUGUAUAACUACAUCUAGACAAAGUCACAUUGUAGAACUACACCUACACAAAGUCACACUGUAGAACUACAUCUAGACAAAGUCACAUUGUAGAACUACACCUACACAAAGUCACACUGUAGAACUACACCUACACAAAGUCACACUGUAGAACUACCUCUAGACAAGGUCACACUGUAGAACUACAUCUAGACAAAGUCACACUGUAGAACUACAUCUAGACAAAGUCACACUGUAGAACUACAUCUAGACAAAGUCACACUGUAGAACUACACCUACACAAAGUCACACUGUAGAACUACACCUAGACAAAGUCACACUGUAGAACUACACCUACACAAAGUCACACUGUAGAACUACAUCUAGACAACGUCACACUGUAGAACUACACCUACACAAAGUCACACUGUAGAACUACACCUAACGAGAUGUUUGUUUUUCUUUUUAGUGGAAGAGUUGCAAAAGAAGUAAUCGAAGCCAGCUCCAAGAUCCAGAGAGAGCCACCGGAGGUGCAUAGGUGAGAGAGGGAAAACUGAACCUCACUGUCAUGUAGUUAGUACCACAUACCAGGUAAAGGUGUGUUUAGUCUGGUAAAUGGUAAAUCAGAUAACAAGUGUUGUUUACACCAUGUUCCAGGUUACACUUUGGGCAGAGCAGAAGCUUCAACUCACUGAGCCACAAAAAUCUGAUCAUGAACAUGGAGCCUCUUGUCCCAGCACUGCCCUCCACCAACGAGUAUGAAGAGACCUCGGCAGACAAUGGUAAGAGCACACAGUCACACACACACACACACACUCCAGCAAAUAAUACAUACACGCAUGCAUGCAUACACACUUACACACACACCGGCCGCGUCCUGGGGUUUGCUUGGUCUCCAGUGACAGCUGUUAGGUGUCCAGCUCUCGGAGUUGGAGUGUAAAUUGAGCAGCUGAUGCUACGGUAAGCCUCGUUUCCCCGGAGACCCAAUCACAGUGCUAAAAAUACACCUCCCAUGAGCCUCCCUGAGGACACCAUGCUGGUAAUGACCAGUCACGGAAGUGCACCAUGACAUCACGGAAACAGACGCAGGACCCCAGCUAGGGUUAGCGUUAACAGUAACUUAAUUAGCACAUAUUUGUUUGGCUCCAAGGGGUGGGUGUGUGUGUGUGUGUGUGUGUGUGUGUGUGUGUGUGUGACAAUUUUUUCCUUCACUAAACCUCAUGUUAGUCUCAUCCUUAAAUAUACAGUACAAAGAUUACAUUUUUACAUUUUAGUCAUUUAGCAGACGCUCUUAUCCAGAGUUAGUGAGUGCAUACAUUUUUUUUUUUUCAUACUUCAUAGAUGGCUUGUGAACGGUAGGCUGGUUGGAUGUGUGGCAUAGAAGCUGGUGCCUCUUGUCCUGUAAAUGGUAAAAGAAGGUGGAGUUUCUCCAGACUAGGACUGACAGGUUGGUAGCAUGUAUAGUGGUCAGUAGUUUCUCCAGACUAGGACUGACAGGUUGGUAGUAUGUAUAGUGGUCAGUAGUUUCUCCAGACUAUGACUGACAGGUUGGUAGUAUGUAUAGUGGUCAGUAGUUUCUCCAGACUAUGACUGACAGGUUGGUAGUAUGUAUAGUGGUCAGUAGUUUCUCCAGACUAUGACUGACAGGUUGGUAGUAUGUAUAGUGGUCAGUAGUUAUCCAGACUAGGCUGACAGGUGGAUAGUAGUAUAGUGGUCAGUAUUUCCUCCGACUAUGACUGACGGUGGUAGUAUGUAUAGUGGUCAGUAGUUUCCAGACAGACUGCUGGUGGUAGUAUGUAUAGUGGCAGAGUUCUCCAGACUAUGACGACAGGUUGGUGAUUGAAUGGUCAGUAGAAGAGGUGCUGCUGAGGACCACAACCCAACCAUCAGCUCUUUGCUGACCUCUGCUACUGCUGUCAGUUUAUCCCCAGGAGGCUGUCUGACCAGACCAGACCUGCCCUUGGGGGGGAACAGAGAGGGAGGGAAGAGAGGGGGAGGGAAGAAGAGAGAGAGAGGGGGAUUGAGAAUGGGGAGAAGGAGGAGAGGAGGGUGGGCAUGGGUAGGCCAAUCAGACGUGUUCUUUUAUGCUCUCUACUUGUCAGUGUUACCUAAACAUGCAAACACAUCAGAUAGAAUUCAAAGCAAGCAGUGUACUGGAAUGACAUUAGCUCUCAUGGGAUGGGUGGCCAAAAAUAACUAACUGUAAGCCACACCACCAAUAUGACUACAUUGAGGCAUAUGUCACUGUGCUUCGAUAGCUAUACAGUGAGGGGAAAAAGUAUUUGAUCCCCUGCUGAUUUUGUAAGUUUGCCCACUGACAAAGACAUGAUCAGUCUAUAAUUUUAAUGGUAGGUUUAUUUGAACAGUGAGAGACAGAAUAACAACAAACAAAAAAAUCCAGAAAAACGCAUGUCAAAAAUGUUACAAAUUGAUUUGCAUUUUAAUGAGGGAAAUAAGUAUUUGACCCCUCUGCAAAACAUGACUUAGUACUUGGUGGCAAUCACAGAGGUCAGACGUUUCUUGUAGUUGGCCACCAGGUUUGCACACAUCUCAGGAGGGAUUUUGUCCCACUCCUCUUUGCAGAUCUUCUCCAAGUCAUUAAGGUUUCCAGGCUGACGUUUGGCAACUCGAACCUUCAGCUCCCUCCACAGAUUUUCUAUGGGAUUAAGGUCUGGAGACUGCCUAGGCCACUCCAGGACCUUAAUGUGCUUCUUCUUGAGCCACGCCUUUGUUGCCUUGGCCGUGUGUUUUGGGUCAUUGUCAUGCUGGAAUACCCAUCCACGACCCAUUUUCAAUGCCCUGGCUGAGGGAAGGAGGUUCUCACCCAAGAUUUGACAGUACAUGGCCCCGUCCAUCGUCCCUUUGAUGCGGUGAAGUUGUCCUGUCCCCUUAGCAGAAAAACACCCCCAAAGCAUAAUGUUUCCACCUCCAUGUUUGACGGUGGGGAUGAUGUUCUUGGGGUCAUAGGCAGCAUUCCUCCUCCUCCAAACACGGCGAGUUGAGUUGAUGCCAAAGAGCUCCAUUUUGGUCUCAUCUGACCACAACACUUUCACCCAGUUCUCCUCUGAAUCAUUCAGAUGUUCAUUGGCAAACUUCAGACGGGCAUGUAUAUGUGCUUUCUUGAGCAGGGGGACCUUGCUGGCGCUGCAGGAUUUCAGUCCUUCACGACGUAGUGUGUUACCAAUUGUUUUCUUGGUGACUAUGGUCCCAGCUGCUUUGAGAUCAUUGACAAGAUCCUCCCGUGUAGUUCUGGGCUGAUUCCUCACCGUUCUCAUGAUCAUUGCAACUCCACAAGGUGAGAUCUUGCAUGGAGCCCCAGGCCGAGGGAGAUUGACAGUUCUUUUGUGUUUCUUCCAUUUGCGAAUAAUCGCACCAACUGUGUCACCUUCUCACCAAGCUGCUUGGCGAUGGUCUUGUAGCCCAUUCCAGCCUUGUGUAGGUCUACAAUCUUGUCCCUGACAUCCUUGGAGAGCUCUUUUGUCUUGGCCAUGGUGGAGAGAUUGGAAUCUGAUUGAUUGAUUGCUUCUGUGGACAGGUGUCUUUUAUACAGGUAACAAGCUGAGAUUAGGAGCACUCCCUUUAAGAGUGUGCUCCUAAUCUCAGCUUGUUACCUGUAUAAAAGACACCUGGGAGCCAGAAAUCUUUAUGAUUGAGAGGGGGUCAAAUACUUAUUUCCCUCAUUAAAAUGCAAAUCAAUUUAUACAAUUUUUGACAUGUGUUUUUUUGGAUUUUUUUGUUGUUAUUCUGUCUCUCACUGUUCAAAUAAACAUACCAUUAAAAUUAUAGACUGAUCAUGUCUUUGUCAGUGGGCAAACGUACAAAAUCAGCAGGGGAUCAAAUACUUUUUCCCUCACUGUAUAUGUAUCAUGCCACUGCCUACUUCAUUUGUUCAUUUAGCAAACAAGACAGCUGAUAAUCCAGUGCCUUUUGUCACGUUCGUUGAAGGACGGGUCAGACCAAGGCGCAGCGUGAUAUGCAUACAUGUUUAUCACACUGAUAAACAACAACAAAUCAAUGAAACGUAAAGUCCAAAGGCUGAACACAAAACUAGCCUAAACACGGAACAAGAUCCCACAACUACCUAGUGCCAAUAGACUGCCUAAGUAUGAUCCCCAAUCAGAGACAACGAGCGACAGCUGCCUCUGAUUGGGAACCACACCGGCCAACAUAGAAAUACACAUACUAGAUAACACACCUAGAAUAAACACAACAUAGAAUAUACACACCCUGACUCAACAUAUAAGAGUCCCCUGAGUCAGGGCGUGAUACCUUUAUUACAGUCAACACACCUACAUUGCAGUUUUGAUUAGCUAUAAAACUGAAAGUGUUUCUCUUUGCCCCAUGGCAAAAUGUGUAGAAUUGCAGGAAAUUAGCUGUUUCCCCAAACAUUUCUGCAGGCCCACCCACCAAAGUAUUUCUGUCUAUGCCACUGACCUGAACUAGUUUUUUUUUUUUUGUUGACUUUGUCUGAAAAUGUAUGCACUCACUAAUUGUAAGUCGCUCUGGAUAAGAGCGUCUGCUAAAUGACUAAAAUUUUAAAUUUUAAAUGUUUGCCAUCCAUCAGCGGGGGUGAGGUAUCAGCACACAUCCAGGGGGCCUGUCUCUACCUCUGAGUUAUACCCCCAAGGUGUUACCCUGGUGUUUAUACUCCUGAGUGGCGCAGUGGUCUAAGGCACUGCAUCGCAGUGCUAACUGUGCCACUAGAUCCUGGUUCGAAUCCAGGCUCUGUCGCAGCCGGCCGCGACCGGGAGACUCAUGGGCGGCGCACAAUUGGCCCAGCGUCGUCCAGGAUAGGGGAGGGAAUGGCCGGCAGGGAUGUAGCUCAGUUGAUAGAGCAUGGCGUUUGCAACGCCAGGGUUGUGGGUUCGAUUCCCAUGGGGGGCCAGUAUAAAAAAAAAAAUGUAUUCACUAACUGUAAGUCGCUCUGGAUAAGAGCGUCUGCUAAAUGACUAAAAUGUAAAUGUUACCCCCUGGAUUCUAACACACACACACAAACAUUCCCCUUUCACAUUCCCAUUUUGGGCAUUACACUAUUACACGCAUAGGGCUAAGUUCGCACUCAUAGUCAGCUUCUUAUCCACCAUCCUGCCAGGAGAAUUUACAGUAUAUGCCCACUGGAAAAAUAUUCUCUUGGCUGGGUUUCAAAGAACUACCAGAGUGGCCAUUUCCUCUGUCACCUCUCGACUGACUGGGCCGGAGAAAGAAGUAGUCACCAGCAGCAGCCGUUGGUGGUCACCAGGCCUAUAGACCCAGGGCCUCAGCCUGUCUAGUCUACCCCAAGGCCACUGAGGGCCACUACACAGCCUUGGGUUGGCUGGUUGGCUGGCUGGCUGGAAGAGGACUGGCCACCCCUCAGAGCCUGGUUCUGCUCUAGGUUUCUUCCUAGGUUUCUGCCUUUCUAGGGAGUUUUUCCUAGCCACCGUGCCUCUACAUCUGCAUUGCUUGCUCUCUGGGGUUUUAGGCUUGGUUUCUGUAUAAGCACUUUGUGACAACCGCUUGUUUAAAAAGGGCUCUAUAAAUACAUUUUAAUGAUUGAUUGAUAGCCCUAAGGGGUUUUAGGAAUAUAAAGCCCUUCAUAUGCAUCAGCAUGAAUGGGGAAUAUAACGGGGUGUGAACAUGUACAGUCGUUGUCAAAAGUUCUGAGAAUGACACAAGUAUUGGUCUUCACAAAGUUCGCUGCUUCAGUGUUAUGAGAUAUUUUUGUCAGAUGUUACUAUGGUAUACUGAAGUAUAAUUACAAGCAUUCCAUAAGUGUCAAAAGCUUUUAUUGACAAUUACAUUAAGUUUAUGCAAAGAGUCAAUAUUUGCAGUGUUGACCCUUCUUUUUCAAGACCUCUGCAAUCCGCCCUGGCAUGCUGUCAAUUAACUUCUGGGCCACAUCCUGACUGAUGGCAGCCCAUUCUUGCAUAAUCAAUGAUUGGAGUUUGUCAGAAUUUGUGGGGUUUUGUUUGUCCACCCGCCUCUUGAGGAUCGACCACAAGUUCUCAAUGGGAUUAAGGUCUGGGGAGUUUCCUGGCCAUGGACCCAAAAUGUAGAUGUUUUGUUCCCCGAGCCACUUAGUUAUCACUUUUGCCUUAUGGCAAGGUGCUCCAUCAUGCUGGAAAAGGCAUUGGUCGUCACCAAACUGUUCUUGGAUGGUUGGGAAAAGUUGCUCUCGGAGGAUGUGUUGGUACCAUUAUUUAUUCAUUGCUGUGUUCUUAGGCAAAAUUGUGAGUGAGCCCACUACCUUGGCUGAGAAGCAACCCCACACAUGAAUGGUCUCAGGAUGCUUUACUGUUGGCAUGACACAUGACUGAUGGUAGCACUCACCUUGUCAUCUCCGGACAAGGUGUUUUCCGGAUGCCCCCAAACAAUCAGAAAGGGGAUUCAUCAGAGAAAAUGACUUUACCCCAGUCCUCAGCAGUCCAAUCCCUGUACCUUUUGCAGAAUUUCAGUCUGUCCCUGAUGUUUUUCCUAGAGAGAAGUGGCUUCUUUGCUGCCCUUCUUGACACCAGGCCAUCCUCCAAAAGUAUUCGCCUCACUGUGCGUGCAGAUGCACUCACACCUGCCUGCUGCCAUUCCUGAGCAAGCUCUGCACUGGUGGUGCCCCGAUCCCGCAGCUGAAUCAACUUUAGGAGACGGUCCUGGCGCUUGCUGGACUUUCUUGGGCGCCCUGACGCCUUCUUCACAACAAUUGAACCUCUCUCCUUGAAGUUCUUGAUGAUCCGAUAAAUGGUUGAUUUAGGUGCAAUCUUACUAGCAGCAAUAUGCUGUGAAGCCCUUUUUGUGCAAAGCAAUGAUUGACGACACGUGUUUCCUUGCAGGUAACCAUGGUUAACAAAGGAAGAACAAUGAUUUCAAGCACCACCCUCCUUUUAAAGCUUCCAGUCUGUUAUUCUAACUCAAUCAGCAUGACAGAGUGAUCUCCAGCCUUGUCCUCGUCAACCUCUCUGGCCCCCUCCUCUCCCUGGCCAAAUGCUGGACUCUUGUUCAUGGCAAGGAACUGCAAUGCACUCUCUGUCACUCUCAUGACUCUGGCAUAUCAAAUUGCUACCAUCACUGGGCAGCACUUUGACAUUAGAUCUUGGUUAUCUCAAACUUUGCCACACUUCUUUGGUGUGAACAUAGUCACCCGGCCCCCCUCUCUCCCUACCUCUGGCCCCCCUCUCUCCUAGCCUCUCUGGCCCCCCUCUCUCCCCUAGCCUCACUGGCCCCCCUCUCUCCUACCUCUCUGGCCCCCUCUCCACUUUCCCCCUUCCCUACCUCUUGGCCUUUAUUCUGGCCUCUCUCCUUAGCCUCUUGGCCCCCCCUCUCCCUAGCCUCUCUGGCCCCCUCUCAGCUUCCUGGCCCCUCUCUCCUUAGCCUCUUUGGCCCCCCUCUCUCCCUAGCCUCUCUGGCCCCCUCUCUAGCUUCUCUGGCCGCCCUCUCUCCCUAGCCUCUCUGGCCCCCCUCAAUUCAAUUUCAAUUCAAUUUAAGGGCUUUAUUGGCAUGGGAAACGUAUGUUAACAUUGCCAAAGCAAGUGAAGUAGAUAGUAAACAAAAGUGAAAUAAAUAUUAACAGUAAACAUUACACUCAGAAGUUUCAAAAGAAUAAAGACAUUUCAAAUGUCAUAUUAUGUAUAUAUACAGUGUUGUAACAAUGUGCAAAUAGUUAAAGUACAGAUGGGAAAAUAAAUAAACAUAAAUAUGGGUUGUAUUUACAAUGGUGUUUGUUCUUCACUGGUUGCCCUUUUCUUGUGGCAACAGGUCACAAAUCUUGCAGCUGUGAUGGCACACUGUGGAUUUUCACCCAGUAGAUAAGGGAGUUUAUCAAAAUUGGGUUUGUUUUCGAAUUCUUUGUGGAUCGCUGUAAUCUGAGGGAAAUAUGUGUCUCUAAUAUGGUCAUACAUUUGGCAGGAGGUUAGGAAGUGCAGCUCAGUUUCCACCUCAUUUUGUGGGCAGUGUGCACAUAGCCUGUCUUCUCUUGAGAGCCAGGUCUGCCUACGGCGGCCUUUCUCAAUAGCAAGGCUAUGCUCACUGAGUCUGUACAUAGUCAAAGCUUUCCUUAAGUUUGGGUCAGUCACAGUGGUCAGGUAUUCUGCCACUGUGUACUCUCUGUUUAGGGCCAAAUAGCAUUCUAGUUUGCUCUGUUUUUUUGUUUGUUCUUUCCAAUGUGUCAAGUAAUUCUCUUUUUGUUUUCUCAUGAUUUGGUUGGGUCUAGUUGUGUUGUUGUUGUUGUUGUCCUGGGGCUGUGUGGGGUCUGUUUGUGUUUGUGAACAGAGCCCCAGGACAAGCUUACUUAGGGGACUCUUCUCCAAGUUCAUCUCUCUGUAGGUGAUGGCUUUGUUAUGGAAGGUUUGGGAAUCGCUUCCUUUUAAGUGGUUAUAGAAUUUAACGGCUCUUUUCUGGAUUUUGAUAAUUAGCGGGUAUUGGCCUAAUUCUGCUCUGCAUGCAUUAUUUGGUGUUUUACGUUGUACACAGAGAAUGUUUUUGCAGAAUUCUGCAUGCAGAGUCUCAAUUUGGUGUUUGUCCCAUUUUGUGAAUUCUUGGUUGGUGAGCGGACCCCAGACCUCAGAACCAUAAAGGGCAAUGGGUUCUAUAACUGAUUCAAGUAUUUUUAGCCAGAUCCUAAUUGGUAUGUCAAAUUUUAUGUUCCUUUUGAUGACAUAGAAGGCCCUUCUUGCCUUGUCUCUCAGAUCGUUCACAGCUUUGUGGAAGUUACCUGUGGCGCUGAUGUUUAGGCCGAGGUAUGUAUAGUUUUUUGUGUGCUUUAGGGCAACGGUGUCUAGAUGGAAUUUGCAUUUGUGGUCCUGGCAACUGGACCUUUUUUGGAACACCAUUAUUUUUGUCUUACUGAGAUUUACUGUCAGGGCCCAGGUCUGACAGUAUCUGUGCAGAAGAUCUAGGUGCUGCUGUACGCCCUCCUUGGUUAGCCUCUCUGGCCCCCCUCUCUCCCUAGCUUAUCUGGCCCCCCUCUCUCCCUAGCCUCACUGGCACCCCUCUCUCCCUAGCCUCACUGGCCCCCCUCUCUCCCUACUCUUUGGCCCCCCUCUCUUCCCUAGCCUCACUGGCACCCUUCUCUCCAUAGCGUACUGGCCCCCUCUCUCCCUAACCUCUUUGGCCCCUCUCUCCCUAGCCUGUUUGGCCCCCUCUCUCCCUAGUCCAUUGUUGCCUGUUUGCACUCUUGUCCCCAACCCUCGGCACCCUCCUCACCUAACCUCUCGGCCCCACUCUCUUUCUAGCUUCUCUUGCCCCCUCUCUCUUAUCCUCUCUGGCCCCACCUCCACCUCUACUGUCUUCUCUGGCCCCCUCUCUGCCCUAGCUUCUUCUGGCCCCUCGCUCCCUAAACUCUCUGGCCCCUCUCCUCCCUAGUUCUCUGGCCCCCUUCUCUCUCCCUAGGCUCUUGGCCCCCUCUCUCCUUAGCCUCUUCUGGCCCCCCUCUCUCCCAACCUCUGGCCCCCCUUCUCUCCCUAACCUCUCUGGGCCCCCUCUCUCUCUAGCUUCUCUUGCCCCCCUCUCUCCUUAGCCUCUCUGGCCCCCCUCUCACCCUAGCUUCUCUGGCCCCCCUCUCUCCCUAGCUUCUCUGGCCCCCCUCCUCCCUAAACUCUCUGGCCCCCCUCUCCCUAGCUUCUCUGGCCCCCCUCUCUCUCCUAGCCUCUCUGGCCCCUCUCUCUCCUGCCCAACCUCCUAGGCCCCCCUCUCUCCCUAGCUUCUCUGGCCCCCCUCUCUCCCUAGCGUCUCUGGGCCCCCUCUCUCCUAGCCUCUCUGGCCCUUAUCAGUCAGAGAUUAGCUGGCCCUCUCUGCAAGACCAGGGGUGUAAAAAUAGGCCCUCCUGCUUUUGGGAUGAUCCACCCCUAAUGCCCUGUCUUUGUUAAUGCUGCUGACAUUUAAGUCAUCUGGGAGGGUUGUGUGUGUUAAACCCAGCCAGAGCUCAGAGGACGGUCGGUCAGUGUGUGUGGGAGUCGAGGCACUGCCGGGUCAGAGUUAA